AUGCAGAUAGAGAGCGUUGUGCAUGCUGACACUCUGGACACACGAGACACUCAGGGUGACAAUAAUGUAUUGUGGUAUUUAGGAAUGUCAUGGACAAAAGGACAGUUGGUAUGCUUCAGCUGCAACACAGACUCUAUUUCUGAAAUGACAAACAACAACCUGUUGUUUUUUCUGCCCUUUACAGAACAAGGUGUCAUGUCUGAGAGAACAGGAGCUGGAGCUGGAGGAGUUUUUCACUGAGAGGCGAGUUCCUGUCGGUGCGAGGCCUUCAAGUACAACUCGUUUGGUAAUUAGAAGAAGGUAGGUCGCUCUGCUUCUGGAUAAACAUAGUCAACAACUCAGCAGGAUGGGAUUUAUUCUCAUAUUCAUUGUCCUUUUAUGAAGAGCACUUGGCUUUGUUAUCGAAUUUCUCCCACUUUCCAGCCAAGUACAGCAACAGAAUCACUAUUUGAUGUUGCUAAUCUGUUAUAAAGAGGCAUAAACGCUCCUGAAUAGAUAGUUUACAUAAUCUUAAUUUGACAGUUGGCUCAUUGAGCAUCUGUGUAUGUGUUAGAUGGUAACAGAGAAGAAAUGAGGGAAACAUCUGCUGGGUGUUAUUUUAGUUGAACAUGCACACAGUUGUUGCAUAAAUCAGCUUUCCUCCCACUGUCAGUGUGAAAGUGAAGAUUCAAACAGAGGUAGUUGAUGAUGAUGUUAAAAUAUGUCAUCUCAAAGCUUUCUGAUAGUUCACCAUUAAGUAAAACACAGCCAUUUACAAUAACAGGGACAGGAAACUGUCCUUUUUCUCUGCAGGCAUCAACUGCUUAUAAAAUUACUUUAUCACGAAUGUUAAAGCUCCUUCAAGGAACCUUUUUUAAAUAAAUGAUUUAUUCAUUCUCAAAAUAUAAAGGUACACAACCCGAACAAUUUCCUUUUCUUCCCACGCCCUCCCCAAAAGCAGGUUGAAGGAAAAAUAAAUAUAAACAAAUAAAAAUUAAAUUACAAAAAAAGCUCUAUAGCAACAGUUUCUAUGGCCAUCCGCAACUAUAAUAAAUUUUUACUUUUUAUAAAGAAAUUGCAAAGAAAUACAUUUUCAAACACAAUCAGGACACAGGAACUUUUGACUGGUGUCUUCUGACAAAAUAUCUCAUCAUUGCAGUCAAAUGUCAUUUAUUGUGAAUAUUUAUGCAUAAAUCGUAAAAACAGAGCUGCUUCUUUCACCACCAAUCUUGUCUCAUUUGGGUCUCAUUUGCUUUUGUGUAUCAUAAAAAGGCAUCAGUCUAAUUUUUAAACUUGAAAAACUUCUCAAAUGAGCUUUUAAUGACAUUAUUUCACAGCAUUUUGGCUCAAUACCUCUAUGACUUUUGGCAGAGUGGUUGAAUUGCUGUUGUGAGCAUGUUGACAAGACUGGCUGGAAGAUACUAGGAUGCGUGAUAUGACGCCUGACUGUGGGACAUAUGUGUGUUUUUUAAAGCUCUGACUUUGCAAUUUUGUUGUUCCCAUCAAAAUUCCAUGCACCCCUCUAGCCACCGAGACCUCAAACUCAUCAGGAAAACAUUUACAGAGGUGACAAAUCAGCAGAGAUGUGAGGUUAUAAUCUUAUCUUGUUAUAUACAAUUGAACACGACCUCUUUUUGCAGCUAGUGCCCCUUUUUCGAACUCUAGGAUUCUGCACGUUUUUUGCUUCAUUUUUUCAAAGAGUCUUUGUACAGAGCAGUGAGAGAGUUGGCAGCACAUCUUACUUGUUUUAACUCCGUCACUGAUAGAGAAAAUAAACAUUAAUUUGUUUUUUUCUGAGUCACAGUGCACGGCCCAGCCUGCAGCGAUAUGUUGGUUUAAAAGAGUCUCAAAUACAAACACAUAACAGCCUGGAGCAAAGUCGGCCUUUGACAAACAGCAUCUUCAGCGAUGAAUUAAAAUAUUUGCUUUAAUGCUGACAAGAGUAGGAGUUAUAAGGUGAAAAGGGCAAAGUCUGAUUAAAAUACAUGUAUUGAUUGAACUUUAGAGCUUGGGAAAGUAUUCGCAAGCGCUUCAUCGUCUGUUUGACGAUUUCUCUCCACACUUUUGUAACCAAACUUCCAUUUGAUCAUCUCCAACUAAACCUUUUCCACCAUCAGCUCAGCGCCAGCUCAUCUCUGGUUGCUCCCUGACUCAAGUUUUCCGUUCGUCUCCUGAGGAUGCUGGACUUCAAACAUAGAGGAAGUCGAUGUGCUAUCUGCACGGAUUAGACCCUCUGUUUGUGCAUCCCACAGAUUGGAAAAGGCUUCAGGCUGGGAGCCGGACUGGGCAGAGAGGGGUCACAGGUCAAGCGUCGUAUGGGGACUGAUAUGAACAGCCAAAUGCCUCAACCCUGACCUUUAACCUGGAGGUGGAUGAGAACAGUGCUGUACUGUUCUUCACACAACAACACACAUUGCAUACACACAACUUCAGGAUGACUCUAUACUGGAAACAGUAAAUACCAACAAACAUAUAAAAGAGAACGCAGCUGCAGGGGUUUCUGGUUUCCAUACUCACAUGGUGGCCUGUCCUCAAAUGCUGAUAAUUAUUUGAUUAUUUUAAUUUUAUUUAUCCUAUAAAACACAAAAAUGUCAUUUAAGUUGUGUAACCAAUGCUGGUUUGUGUACUGUUGCCUUUUUGUUCUCAAAAAUGGUCGAUUUUAGAGGCACAAAAGCACAGCACAAGCCUCAGAUUCGGUGUGCUUGUAUGAAGCUGGCAUUUCCUUCAGUAAACAACCAAAUAAUUACUCCUGAAAUACAGCAAGUGCACUCUCAACAGCGGCGGGUUGGUUCUUCAAACACUUUUUAUUAACUCUGCCGGGUCGGGGGUUUUGGUUUGUGUUUUGUCCUUCUUCUCUCCUCAGGAUGGCUGGUAUUAGGCGAGAAAGCACAAAAGAAGCCUGAAUAGUGUGUGCAUGAAUGGAACUGGGAUUUAAUUUUACUAUAAAUAACCAAACAGUUACCCAUCAUACCAGUGCAGUCAGAAGUGUUUUUUUAACAUAAUCUGUUGUUAAAGGGAUAUUCCAGCGUAAAAUUAAUUUAGAUUCAAACAGACCUUAACACCGAGUUAGAGAUGAAUGUUGCCGACCACUUGCUUCUCUAGUUUUAUCAACUUUAUUAACGAUCGCACAAUAGCAAUACACAGCCAUAGUACUAGCAACCACACAUCUUUUUAGCUUUUCCUAAUUUCUUUAGCAAAGAGACUAAACACAACUCACCUACUCUCUUCCAGCAGCCGCUUGUUUGUAUGGAGACCCCAGGCAAGUCCAAUACGGACUGCUGCGGGGUGACACAGCCCAAGGAAGAACAUUUAUGAUCAUUUCUUCAUGGAAAUGCAAUCAGACCGAGACGCUAAGGCAGAAGAACUACCGCGUCAGCAGUGCAAAAUGAUUAAUAUGAUGAUUAUUACUUCAAGGAAAUGAUAAAGUAAUGAUCAUAAAUGUUCUUCCUUGAGCUGCGACACCCCGCUGUAGUCCGUAAUGGACUGGCCUGAGGUCUCCAUACAAACAAGCGGCAAAGCUUAAAGGAUGUUUGGUGGCUAGUACUAUGGCUAGGACCCUAUAUGUACUGUUGAUGAGGUUAGGUGCUGUUCUGAGCAUUAUUUGUGGCUGUAGAGUGGCGUUUUGGUUGAGGUCUGCACUUGGCUCCCGAGACCGCUGUGUAUUGCUAUCGUGCGGUUGUUACUAAAGUUGGUAUAACUAGAGGAGCAAGCGGUUGGCAACAGUCAUCUCUCGAGGGGGUGUCUAACUCAGUGUUAAGGUGUGUUUGACCCUAACUUAAUUUUACACCAGAAUAUCCCUUUAAGGAUGCUUGAUUGUGUACUCUACAGUACUUUCAUCCUGGUUAAAAAGGUGGUUUUGAAGGGAAAGGUGCAAGUCUUUUAGGUUUUGUUCACAGGAUUCCUCCCCUUGAUAAAACAAGUAAAAAAUGAUUGAAAUAUUUAGUUUCAAAAAGAACUUAAUCCAACACAGCAGAGUGCUUUUCAGUUCAACGCUUGCCUCUCCUCUCUUGUGAAAAUAUGCUCAAUCUAGGUUGAGUCAGCAUAUCCAAUAUGGUGCACGCCUUCAGACUCUUCAGAAACCAAUGAGUGAUAUCACUGAGGCUGAAUCCAUGUUUUAUACAGUCUACAAUCUAAAUAGGAUCCUGAUGUUUCCCCUGCCCCCUCCAAACCGUCCCUGCAGCCAGAACUGAGGCUGUUAAACGCGAUUUCGCACUCCUCCCUGCAUGGUCUGCAGCUGCUGCAGAGUGACACUGACAAGAGGCAGCUGUUGUGGUGGCGAGGGGGCGUGAUUGAUGCAGGAGGCAGCAGCUAGAGGAGCUACAUAGAUAAAUGGGCAGAUCAUCAGACGUGUGAUGGGGGUCACUUUCAGAAUGAACAUACACAUAGCUGGCGUGUGAGUGAUUACCAUUUUAUCAGCACAUAAGCCUGCGGUUGUGGCUUGUGGGAUUCCUGCAGGCACAUUUGUAUCUUGAGCGCCCCAGACGUGCAAAGAUGAGAACAUUUAGACGCAGAAGCUGCAGCGGAGGAACCUGAGAUGUUCAGGGGCUGCAGUUUGUCUGAACACAUAUAAAAACAGCCGAGGAGGAAGCCCCUCGGUCUGGAGAAGGAAGACAGUUUAGACAGCUGGUAUCACGUAAUGCUCUAAUAAAACUCUUCCCCUUUUACUAACAUGUCCCUGCAGAGACAGGACCCAAAUUUCACGAAGACACGCAAAGAUACAACUGUGCAUUUAAACAAGCCUGCAGAUAAUGAAAAACACACACAUGCACAUAUAUGUAGACAAGUGUGCUCACCUUGUAAAAAUGCAUGUGCAGUGAAGGGUUUUAUUAACUGGGCCUUUGUAAUAAAACUCACCUUUGUGUGCCGGACCAGACCAGGCCUGGACAGUUCAACACUUUUGUGUGUGUUUAUGUGUGUCUGUGAAAGUGCGUGACUUCUUUGUCCUUGGCUCUCUGUGUGAUGCUGUAUUUCUGGCAUCUGUUGCUUUCAGCAGAAGCUCAGAUCCUGGUCCCUUGUCCUUAAGGCAAGGUCUCAUGUAAACCGUGUGUGUGUGUGUGUGUGUGUGUGUGUGUGUGUGUGUGUGUGUGUGUGUGUGUGUGUGUGUGUGUGUGUGUGUGUGUGUGUGUGUGUGUGUGUGUGUGUGAGGUGACGAGUGACACUCCCUGUUCCAUUUUGUCAGGAUGUGUCAGCACCCUCAUCUGUUUUUCCUUUUAUCCCUCCAGCCCUCUGUCCUCCAUCUCUUUUUCAGCUCGGUGCUGCAGCUCUCAGCAGGUCAGAAUGGCUCUUUUUCGAGUUUUGGAUGAGAUAUUUUUUCUUCUUCUCCUUUUUUUUUUUUGUUCCGGGGUAAAGCUGCUACUCUGUUCCUCAGGUUUCCCUCACAAAAGGCCUGUUCACAGGGCCAGCAGUGCUCGUCAUGAAGGCUGGCCUCCAGCUGAUUGUUGGUUUCAGUUUGCAGUGCAAGUACCAUAUUUUUUGUGGAAACUAGCACAGUAAAGGGGACAUCUUACUUUAAAUACUUACUCAUAAAACACAUCCCUCCUCACUUGGCCUUUGUGGCAUAUGUUCCCUGAUGUUUCCUUGUGGAGCUCCUUGUUAAGCUGACUCCUACAGUCCCACUCCAAUCAUUUUUUUUGACACUAAAAGUGUUCUCAGCGGUCUUUAAAUUGUGAUUAUAAAGUUUUUACCAAAAAUCACGUUACCUGUGUCAUUUUCAAAGGCUUUUCUUCAGCAGAGCUCCAGUAUUUCAUUUGCAAUUCGCCUCUGAGUCGUGGGCGGAGACAGUGCUGCUCUGCACACUCGUUUUCACGUUAGCUUGCAGCCUAACAUUGCCGGUGUCGUAAAAGUGGCAGGUAACAUAGGAGAAAUUAAGCUCUCGGACACUAAUGUGUUUAGGGACACAGUGAAAGUUAAUAUCAUCAUUAGCUUUCUUACGAGCAUUGCAAUCCGCUAACGCACACGCUUGUUCCGCGAUCGUGCUCUGUAUUUCUCCUCUAUAUGCAGAGUGUAGCCUGUGUAGCGGGGCUCCGGGGGCGGAGCUUAGAUUGGUUACGUAUGAAAUCUUACAGUGAUUUAAAUGAAGAAAUACUCAGAGAAGCAAUUCCACAUUUAGUUUUCUCAUGAUAUGUCCUGUAGCAUCAGAUAAAUGCCAUAUGAACAUAUAAAAAAACCAUGAUUUUCAUUGGAGUGGUCUUUAAACAUUAUCUAAAGCUCAUUAAUUAUACGUUCUAAACAUUAUAUAGAACCUUUGGCUGAGUAAAUACAUGUAUUUUGUAUAUAUACAACUCAUGCAUGCAUAUAUAAUUUGAUACAUAUGUAUGUUGACAUAUGCAAACAUACACACACACACACACACACACACACACACACACACACACACACACACACACACACACACACACACACACACACACACACACACAUUUAAUUGCAAUUAUUUGAUUUCCAAAUCAUCACACAAGCAAAAAUGCAUUUGAAUUAUUAAAAUAGACUUUUUAAAAUGCAAAAUAACUGAAUUAAAAACAUGAUAUUUUCAAAAGGGGUCAAUCGUGAUUAGAAAAUGAGCUGCCUCACAGCUCUGGUUUUGCACACCUUCACAAGCACAUGGCAUUUACAGAAUAGAGGCCCCCCCCUGCAGCUCUUAGAGGAUCUGUUUUCUCCUCGGAUGGGAGCUGUUUAUUUUCUCCUGAAUCCCGGGUAAACUGAUGCCUUAGACUUUCACUUUAUCUCACUCCUGCACUGGAUGCAAUACAUGUGGUGAUGUGUCUGGAAGUAUUCCUGGGCAAGCAAACAGACUUAGACGAAGGGUAAGUCUGUUUUCUGCACUCUGCCGCCAUCAGGGACUCGUUAUGUAAGCCGUUUAAAAUGUUUAGGAAACUUCCUGUUGUCGCCCUAUCUGGUCUCCUUCCUGUAAAGCUGUGUUGGUGUUUAUUUUUACCCCAUGGGCAGAAGAAGAUGGUGCAUGCACACUAAUACACACUUCCUUGAGAUCUAUACAUACACACACAGACAGACAGGGCCGCCUUGUCAUGUGAUGCAGGCCUUGUGAUGGUUGAUGUUGUUAUAGGAGACACAUUCCUGCAGGAUUUGGAGAGGGGUCUUAGGUGUGUGUGUGUGUCUGUGUGUGUGAAAAACUAAGGUGCUUUAAAUGAAAUCCUCCUCACAUCAUCCAUCAGCAGGUCUUACUCUUACUCAUCGGCUUGUAACCUCACACCGCCAUCGACCCAACUCCAGACUAUUUCCCGUUUUAGCUAUUUCUCCUCUCUUGAGUCAUGGGCUAAAACCGAGGUUUAGAGUGUACGGUUAAGCGAUGCUGCUGCCUUCACCACCUCGCAUAACAGUGAUGGAGGACACAGGAGUCCCAUCAACCCCUGUCGACCAUAUGGAUCUAAUUUCAGGGGUCAUGUAUGCGUAACAGGGGAGAGGUUAAAGUUUCCAUGGGGGAGAUUUCCAUCACCUCCUAUUAACGCAAAGGAGAAACGAGAACUGAGGUGUACACAGACCUAUACACACGAAGCCAUUGUGUGAUGCUGCCAGCAACCCGGACCAGUCAAUAAAAAUGUCUUCAUGCCCACAUUUAUAAACUCAAACUGUAUCCUGAUCUGCAGGCUGCUAGAGUCGACUACCUGGUCUCCAUAGAAACACAGAUUUUUGCGCUCUGAAGUCUUGCAGUUCACCAAAUAAAGUAUUAUGGCUAAACUAUACCUUCUGUGUUAAUAUUUCAGCUUUACCAGUACAAAUGAAGGUUAAUUGUGAUAAAUAAAUAAAAUAACUUUGUAUUAUUUAAACAGAUUUAAGGAAUAAAUCUAACAGACUUGGACUGAAGUGGAUGUUAAAGUCUUCAGUGGUGUCCUCUUGCACUCUUUUUUUAAAUUAUUCAUGCAGCAGAGCAACCCGGUCUACUCUAUGAUGAUCAUUUUAAAUGUUGAUUUUGUGUAAAAUUCAGUAACUGUGUGCUACAUUAAAAAAACUGUAUGUUUGCCGUACAGUGGAGUGACAUGAACAUUCGAUUAGAGCUGCAGUUUUCAUCAUCAGCUGUUUUCCUCUGAAGUGAGGUAACCUUAGACGGUGUUGCACUGCUGCUGGUUUGCAAAUCAUACAGAUGGAGGAAGUUCAGCCGGUUACUGCUUUAGGUAACAAAUCAACUCACUAAAAUAAGUUAGAUCACAGCGAGGCUACUGUUCAUGACUUAACGUCUUACUGUUGAUAGUGUGAUUGAAACAAUACUGUCCGGAUAUGAGAAAAUGAUAGUGGAAUUUAAGAUACUUCUCUUAAUUUGCUUGAAGAGCACAACAUUUUGGAUGAAGUUAGGUGCUGUUCUGAGCAUUAUUUGUGGCUAUACAGUGACGUUUUGGUUGAUGUUUGUGUGUGGCUCCUCAGACCGCUGUGUAUUGCUAUCUGCGGUCGUUACUAAAGCAGUGUUGUUUUCGUUGACGAUGACGUUGAUGAAAAUAUUUUCGUCAACGUCAUCGUCAACGAAAACAACACUGCAGAAUAAAUGUUUAGCGUUUGACUGACGAAAUGUUCAUAAAUUUUGCAACUUUCUUAGUCGUCCACCACCAACGUUUUUGUCUAGUCUAGUCUCGUCUGGUCAACGUAAAUGCACAUUUGUCUCGUCACAUUUUAGUCAUCUAAGACUUAUCUUUAGCUCGUCAACGUCACAUCUUCAUUGUGGAAGAAAAAAACAAACGCUAAACAUAUAUUCUGCAGUGUUGUUUUCGUUGAUGAAAUAUUUUCGUCGUCAUCGCCAACGAAAACAACAUCGUAAAGUUGGUAUAACUACAGAUGUAAGCUGUUCUGAGAAUUGUUUGUGGCUAUAGAGUUACGUUUUGGUUGACGUUUGUGUGUGGCUCCUCAGACCGCUCUGUAUUGCUAUCUGCGGUCGUUACUAAAGCAGUGUUGUUUUCGUUGACAAUGACGUUGACGAAAAUAUUUCGUCAACAAAAACAACACUGCAAAAUAAAUGUUUAGCGUCUGACUGCAAAAUGCUCAUGAAUUUUGCAACUCUCUUAGUCGUCCACCACUAACGUUUUCCUCUUGUCUCGUCUUGUCAACGUAAACGCACAUUCGUCUCUUCACAUUUUAGUCAUCUAAGACUUAUGUUUAGCUCGGCAACAUCAUGUCUUUGUCAUGGGGAAAAAAAGGUGCGUUGAUGGAAUAUUUUUGUCAAUGAAAACAACCACUGUUGUUUUCAUGAAGAUGACGUUGACAAAAUAUUUUCGUUAACGAAAACAACACUGCAGAAUAUAUGUGUAGUGUCUGACUGACGAAAUGUUCAUGAAUUUUGCAACUCUCUUUGUCGUCCACCACUAACCUUUUUCGUCUAGUCUCGUUUCGUCAAUGAAAACGCACAUUCGUCUUGUCACAUUUUAGUCAUUAUGUUUAGCUCGUCAACGUCACGUCUUUGUCGUGGAAAAAAAGGGGCGUUGAUGAAAUAUUUUUGUCAACGAAAACAAAACAAACGCUUAAAAUAUAUUCUGCAGUGUUGUUUUCGUUGACGAUGACGUUGACGAAAUAUUUUCGUCAACGUCAUUGUCAACAAAAACAACACUGUAAAGUUGGUAUAACUAGAGAAGCAAGUAGUCAGCCAUAUUCAUCUCUCGACAGGCUGUCUAACUCGGUGUUACGGUGUGUUUGACCCUAAAUUUAUUUUACACCAGAAUAUCCCUUUAAACUACAUUAUUCAUCACUACUUCAGUCAAAAUCUUUAAAAAAAUACUGGGGGUAAAUGGGGAGAAAAGUGUAAAAUAUUGGAUGCAUAUACCCGGGGCUUGAAUACCUAUCAGAUUAAUAGGGUAGGAAAUAUUAGAUGUACACUGUAGGAAGUUAGAAAUAUAGAAAAAAAAGGUAAGCUUUCUUAGGAUUCAGGUGUUUCAACAAUACACCAAAAAUGUCCAAUAACAGGGCGAAUAUUUGCGUUAGUUUCCCGCCUCUGUUCGUCCAGGAGCUGAACCUUAAAUCUGGCCGCCUGUCACUCUCCUGAAGCCCCCGCCCCGCCUGCCUGUUAACGGGAACUCCCCCUAAGUUCCCCGGUUCUCCUCUCUCUGCUCAUUCUCUCCGUGAGCUGUCACACACACAUUUUCCCACACACACACACACACACGCACACAUAGCCUGUGCGUCCUGACACACGGAGUCGCUGCAUGUCGGAGCUGAACGUCCGCACUCCGCUCCUCUCUGCUGUUCCCCGGUUACCGUAAAGAAAAGCGGCUGUUUCAUUUCGCAGUCUGCGGCGAGCCACGUCGUGACAGAGUUUGGACACGAAGAAGGCGGAGCGGCGACGGGGGGAGAAAAAGGUAAGAGAUGGGGGGGACAAAAAUGAGUGUUUUCUCCUCUCUCUGUUUGGAAACUUUACCGUGGUGUGUUCGCCGUUUUUCCCCGCCGUCUCGUGUGUGUUUGGAGGGUUACCGCCUCAGUAUCGUCAGCUGCAGUGUUUUGGAGAACUGGGGCGUGUUUAUUGAAGUAUUUCUGCUCGCGUGCGCGUCGUAUAUGUCUGUGUGCACGCGCGUGCCCCUGCCACAGUAGAGUGGAGGUGGUGGGGGGGAUCCUCGUGUUGUGUCACAGGAAGUUUUUGGAGAGUGGACGCCGAGAUUGUAGCGGAUCAACCACAGGGGCAACCUGCUUACUGCAAAAACACUAGUCUCAUCUCAUGCGAGUGAAGUCUCAGUUUUCUCAUUUGGCAGGACGACUGUUUUGGAAAUUCUCUCAGGUAACUUUUUUUUUUUAAAGCAGAGAAAUCAAGUUUUAUCUCUAGAAGUGGUGUUUCAUUUUUUUUCAAGAUUGAUAGUCUUGAAUUAACAGGUUUGAGUGAAGUCCAUUUAUCUAAUGCCAAACAGAUGAAAAAGUGUAAAAGUCAUCAUGCUUAAUGAUAUUUUUCACAUUUUUUCUCAUUAAUUGUUCUUAAAUUUAAGUUAGUGCUAUCACUACAGUUUUUAGGUCACUAUAAAGUCAAUUUGUGGUGUAAUUGUUGAACCAGAUAUGCCUCAGAGCCACGAAAUUUGACUUGGAAGCAUAGUUUUUCUUUUAAUUGGAUUUUUUAAUAUCGUACAUCGCAGGUACACAUGUGGUAAAUGUUGUAUAGGUUGUAAACAUGACUUGUAUACAGAAAGUAAUCAACUAUACUAUACAAUCCAGGAAAUAGAGAAAGAAAAAUAACCACAUGGUAGCAAUGACAACAACAAACUAAAAAGAAAAGGGCAACCAAGAACAAUCUAACAAAAGAUAAGACAGGACAGCACGACUGAAAAAAUGAUAAUAAUAAUAGCAUGUUCGGUGUCGUGUUCUAAUUAGUUAUCACAUCUUCUAUCCAGUUUCUUUCAUAUGUGACAGAUAUCGUUCCCAUUUCAAAUUAAAGCUCUCCGCUCUGUUUAUUAGCCUGUAUGAUAGGCCCUCCAGUGCAGCCAGACUUUGAAGCAUAGUUAAGUUAGUGUCUAUAUUUAGUUUAUCUCAAGGCAAAUGAUGCCCUAAUAACUGAAGUGAAGGUGUGUCCAGAGUACAUGCGGUCUCAAGAGUUUGUCACUGUUUUGUCUUGAGCAUGUUUGUGCCCUUCAACACACCCAUCAAUUGUUUGUUUCAGUGUUUGUGUGCGUCUGUGUGUGUGUGUGUGCAUAAAUAUACGUGUGUGCCCAGGGUGGUGAUAUCCUGUCAGAUCCUGCGAGGUGGGGGUCAGUCACAGGGUCUCCCCUCUGGAAUUCUCCUAGAAUAGAUGCGACACACGUACACACACACACACACACACACACUUCAGACAGCUUAAUGUCUUUUCUGUAUCUGUGCUCGGCUGCUGUGUCUUCUUACCUUAAAAUCCUCUUUAUUUCUAAGCACCAUAAAUAGUGGAGCUUUUAACAACUGUGACCAUUUCUGAAGUCAUUUUCUUUCUUUGAUGUUAACAGCAAAAUAGUCUCUUCGCUGCUUCAUCAUAGGAGUCCGCUGCACCCUCUUUUAUGUUGUUUAUUUCUCUGUGCAUCACUUUAUCACACCUUGAAAUGGGAAUUUCUUGUUUUGGAUAGGAUUUAUCGUCUCGCAAGCACACAUGCAAUGAUUAGCUGUCUAGAAUAAAACAUGCGCUCUACUUCUCAGAAUCGAGGAUGCAGAGUCAGUAUGCAGAACGAACGUAGUGGGUGUUAUACGAGCGUGCGUCACUCACCUCAAAGUUGUCAAAAACGGCAGCUGAGUCAGUGGUCCAGCACUUGCACAUAUGGUGCUUUAUGUACCUGUUAAGAGCAAGCUCUCGAUGCUGUUGGAUUGAUGAAGUGUUGAAGUCAGUGACGCUGUAUUCGAAGACUGUAAAAGUUGCCUGUUCGCAGCAACAAAUGGAUCAAAACAAACUUAAUGUUACCUACUUCUUUAUGUUUUAAAACUGAGGCCUUCUGAGUGAGUAGGAGUGAGAAGGUGCUGCAGAAAACAGCUCAAUCUGUAUGGACAUGUGCCGCAGUUACACGAGGCAAAACAGCAGAAGUAAUGGCGUUAAGUAUGAAAUUAUAUCCUGCUGGAGGUUAAAUAUGUAGGUGGAUUAAACACUCCAAGUCCCACAGUUUCAAAAAAAUUACAUACACUUAAGGUCAGGUGGGCAGAGUGGGUUUCACGUAACACCACAGACGCUGGUCAAGAUGUCUAGUUCAAGGGCACUGGUAGUAAAUAAAGAGUUGGACUUGACACGCAGCCUUUCUGUGAGUCUAUUCUUCUCCUUCUCCUCCUGCAGACAGCGAGGAGUGACAGGAACGAGUCGCAGAGAAUACUUUAGAAGAACAACAAACCAUUGCUCUCUCGCUGCUCCCCAGCCUGUGUCUGUAAGAUGAUGGAUGCUUGAAAACGUGUGUGUUUCUGUCUCUGUGUGUGUCUCUGUGUGUGUGUGUGUGUUAGAGGAAAAAGGGAGUUAGAGGAUCUUGUCUGUUGUAACUCGAGCCGGGCUGGACACACUGACUCUUGGAAGGCCACAAAGACCGCUCUGCAUGAACUGUGGGGAAUGUGGACGUUUCUUUGUGUGUCUGCGUGAGUGUGUAUGUGUGUGUCAACAAGAGGGAGAUAAUGCACUAACACCCUAUUAUGAGCUCAAGAAUUUCUUGAUACACACUCACCUUGAACUGAAACUAAUUGUGAAUUUAACCGAUUAAUUUUGAUGAAUUAGCCGACAGUUUUUAUGAGAAACAGUGACUGUUCUAAAUCAUUAAUCAGGCGAAAAAACACAACGGCCUCCAGCUUUAUCUCAAAGAAUCUACAAGAUUUUCUGCUCACGCAUUUUUACAUCAUUAUGGAUUCAAGCAACGCAUUCAUUGUAUUUUUCUCCUACACAGUGCGAACUCUAGUUUCAGAAUAGGCUGUACCUUUUGCUUGUUUCCAUUACUUAUUAAUCUGAAGAUUUUUCUAUCUGGACUCAUUUGGAUUAUGAAUUCAUAAAAUGCUUCGACUGAAGGAAAGUCGAACAGAAAAUGAAUAUCCCUCCAAAAGUGGAGAAAGAUGCAUAUACCAAUUUCCUGGACGUCAAAACUGAAAUUUUAUUGCAAGUUAAAGGUGGGGUAGGCAGGAUCUGACGAAGUGGCAGUUUUUGGGAGAAAUCUUGAAUGUAAACUCUACCCCUCGCAACCAGUUUUCCCCUCAGCUCCUCCUCUCCCCUCCCUCUCUGCUCCAGCAAGCCCCGCCCACAAACAGACGCUCCUGCUCGCUCGUAUCGUUUCAAUUAAAUUCAGAUAUAAUGCAGAUAAAUAAGUCAGAGAAUUACAAAUGGGGCCCAGUCAAGGUGAAAGUAAAAAGCAUUGGUGCUACUGUAGAUGCCAACAGACUACCAGCAAACACAAUGUUUGCAGGACUUCUACAACUAGGAUAAAGUGACAUAGUCCAGGACCCGAGGUCAACAGUUUAGUCCCGUUUGACAAGAAACACUUCUGUUACAGACACUUGUCUUACUUUGUUAAAGCGGUUUACCUGUCCAGCAGAAAGGUUACAGGGUCCGUAAGAUCCCAAAGCAUCCCCCAUUGUUUAUGCUAGCUUCAUUAAUGUUGACCCAGCUUUUUACCUCUUGUCCGUCUACCUCCUUUUUAAGCGCCCGGUAUUUUACCAGAGUCUCCAGUAUUUACUUUGUUUUCUUGUUUGUGUUGGCAGUCAUGGCCAGAGGAGGAUUCAGACAAUUUCCUGUACUUUCUGGUUGGUUUCUACUGUCCGAUAUCGUAGCACGCUAACUUUGUUUGGGCUUGUAAACGACACAGGGGAGCAGUGUCCGCCCCACAACCAAUCAGGUUGGGGGAGGCAGAGAAUGGCUUUGUUUACAGUCAGAAAGAGCGGGCCGCUUAAUGUCAUCAGUAACUAAUAGCUGUUGACUGAUAUUAAAAAGCUUUUUUCUCUAUAUACACCACAAAAAAGAUGCUUCUUUAUUGGAAUCCUGCGAACUCCACCUUUAACAUCUUCAUGUCUUUGCUGGUGCCACAUUACAACAGUCAACUCUAUUUACAACAUUUCUAGAUGAAAGUGCAGCCAAACUGAGCCUUGCUAUGGAUGCCAUUGGUUAUCUGUGCUUGUUUACAGCUCGAUAAUAGAGUAUUAUCACUUUGUGGCAGUGGCCUGUCAUAUGUUGAUUAAGCACAACAUUUCAGGCUUUGAAUAGGAAAAAUAUUCACAGUAACUCAGACUGAGUAGUAAUUCUAGAGCUGAUAAGCAAGAGUGAGGAUGACGGACCUAAUGCACACAUCCUGAGUCCAUAUAAUUGAUUGAUUGAGGGAGUCUUGAGAUAGGGUAAUGAUAGAAUAUCUAUGAUAGAGUGACUUCGGCUCGUUUCCAUGAUUUAUUUCCUGACGUUUUAUAGAAAACCUGUAGUCUGAUGGGCGAUGGUUGAGUGAAUCAUCAGCUGUCCUUUGAGAAAACCCAUUUUUUUCUACAAGUCUGUGAUGAAAAUGAAGUUCUGUGUAUAUUUGGCAGGUUUUCUCUGAAUACGUGUCAGGUAGAAGGAAGGGGAUGCUGAUUUUAUAAACUAUGGACAGUGAUGGACAGCAGCGUGGGUUGAAAGUAGAACAUAAGUCACUCAGAUCAGGCUACAGCAGAGAGGGAUGACGAUUCUCCACCUGAGCACCUAUAGUUAUAUCUGAGGGCCAUGUUUGGGGUUUUUACAAUGAAGAAAUGAACCAUGGAAAGUGAAAAUUCGACAAUUGUUUUAGAUUCUUUAAAGAAGUUGCAAUACUGAAGUAUUUAUAAAAGAGAGUACAAGUAACUAUUUGAUUGGAGUAACCUACAUUUUCAGUUUUUGCACGUACAGCUUCAGAAAAAGGUUUUACUGCUGUGAGAGAUGAUGUUUAAAUAGCUCGAAGCCGCAUAUCUACAGGGUGUGUAAACUCAUCUAAGAGCCUCUACCCACAGGGGGAAAAUUAGUAAAUUCACACUUUAGGAGCGAGAGCGAGGCAGCACAGAUUUAUCCUCCCCCCCCUGCAGUGAUCAGCGGUAGUUGUGGUUUUCCUCUUUUAUCAAAACAUUUCACUGCUUAUCGUCUUCUCUGAGCCACAGCUGUCAUUCCUCAUAGCAGAUUUACGAUAGUUAAUCAGCAGAUGCUGCCUUUUUAUGUUAUUAUAUGCCUUUCAAAGCACUGCUAAUAUCAGUUUAGUGCAGUUAAAUGAACUUCCUCAUUUUACACCACCACGCUUCUCUUCGCUGAUUCAAUUUCUUCUUUUCUGUCUCAUCGUCUUACAUCUUCACAAUGCGGGGGAGGUUGUUUUUGUGUUUUUUAACUUCCAGAUAAGUUAACUGAUCAGCGUCUUGAUCUGCCCAGCUUGGAUGGAUGGUUUGUGGGUGGACUGGUGGGCGACAGAGUCUGUGUCCAUCUUGGAGAGUGUUUUAUUUUUUUAUUGGAGCCAUGGUUUUUCUCAGCUCCUCACAGAUGUGCGCCUUUUCACAGGUGCUUGUUGUUUCCAAGCUUUUUGUAGAUGUGUGUGUGUUGUGUGUGUGAGUGCGUUGUUAAUCUGGGUUUUAUCCAUCUCUCACAUAGGUGUAGCAGGACAGUGAGUGCCUGGCUAUAUUAUCCCAUUGGAUCAUACUGGGAGUGUCCUGAUGUAAUGGAGUAAUGACUGUGUGGUUGUGAGGGUUCAGUGCAGACAUAUGUAGGCUGGAUCAGCAGACUGAGUCACAGAGUGUAGACUCACAACACCCUGUUUCGCUUUCAAAUCCGGAUGUGUCAUGUCUGGCUACCUGAUCAGCCUUUAAAGGGAAAGAGUUCGAGUAUUACACACACUGAUCAGUUGGUUUGUAUCACCAUUUUUGAGGUUUAAUAAGAUGAAUAAUCAUUUUUUUUUAACUUAUAUUAAUUUCAAAGGACUGUAAAAGAAAAUGAUUUUCAUUUUAAUCUCCUCAGGCUACCUCCUUUUUGCCCCUGUCAAAGGUCUUUGGUUUGACAUGGCUUAACUAGACCCACCUCGGAGCAGGCUGCAGCAGGCUUUUUGUUCUGUUUUCAUCUAGUACAUAACAGUACAUCCCAUCCUUUUUGUUCGGAAGGAGAAAAGGGUGUUAUGAUUUUCCUGAGUCCAUCAAAUUAAAAAUAGUUCCCCACCCAUCUUUAACCAGAACCUUAGCUUAGAGGGUUUUGUCAAUUGGACUUCUUUUGUGUGGUGUUGAUCUGGACUAAGCUUUAACAUGUCUAAAGGAAUACACUUAAUUUGGGUAUAAAUUUGUAACAACAAGCCUGUGUUGCCAUUGGAAGUUUUUAAGAACAGGGUGUGUACUCCAGAUGUGCAGGGUGUGACUAUUCUGUUGACUUGCAUUGUAGGAAAUACAAUCAAAAUUGCUGUGCAAGGGAAAAAAUAGGCCUUUUAAGCAAGGUUUUAGAUUCUGUUGCAAAACAUCACAAAUCCAGUCUCUAUGGAGGAUCUGCGGCCUCUCAGUUUGUAAACUGGUGAUCCAGGAAGUGACCUGAGUGGUAGUGAGAGGGCAGAGACUGGUGCAGAUUGUUGCAGAGGUGGAAAAACACAAAAAAAAUAUGGAAAUAUGGUGAGUGCCCCAGAAGAACUAGUGCAAGUUCACUAUACAUGAAAUCCAGAAUCUUACUUUAAACAACAGCUGCUGAAGAGUUGGAACGUUAAAAUUUUGAAGAGUUAUUCGUAGUUUUUCCGUCUUAUAUUUAAAACAUGCCAUGGUUGGCCCUCAAACCAGUUAGAAUCAACUUUCCCGAGCACAUUGUUGUUGAAAAGUAGCUGGUGUUUUCUUUGGUCUUUGGUCAGAAUUUUGACAUUUGUGUUAGCUUUUGCAACCAGCUACAGAGGAGAUGGUCUGUCUGGCUCUGACCUCCAACAUCUUCACUUAUGCAGAAUCACAGUGGUAUAGGAGGAAGUGGAACCGCUUGCCUGUUGUUACAUCACCACAGGAGUCAGUUAAAAUUUCACUGAAGAGGCUAUGUUUCCAGGAUAGCAGCCCAAAUAAAGAAUACUGAGGCUUUUUCACUUCCAUGUAAAGCUUUGAGGAUGACUCAAGUUGACGGCUUUAGAAUCGCAUCAAAAACUUUCCACCUGUUUUCUUCGACCUCAAUGCGACAUCAAUAGCAAGAAACCCUUUUUCGGAGCUUUCUUUUCAAAGGAGUAAAAAAAAAAACAGGACAAAAACUCCCAGUUAUGUAAAGAAAAGAUCAUCUGAAUCUAUGAAUGAAACACCGGCACAGACAUGCAAGGUGAUGUACGAAAAAAGAGUGCAGUCAUUAAAACAGGGUUAUAUAACAGAAAAGAAACGGAGGUGGAAAGUGUGUCUGAACUGAAAUGGACAGAAACACACCUCUUUGGUGAAGCCAGGACAACUCCCUGAUACUGUGUUUAACCCUCUGAAUACACACACGUGUGGACAUGUGUGUGUAAGUCGGAGGUAAACACACAGAAGUGCAAAUAAAGGGGAUGACAGGAUCCGGUAAGGUACUAAAUUUGAAUCAUGUUUCAUUUUUGCAUGACUUUAGGGUGCAAUUAUGACUUACAUCAUACCCACACCCUCAUUUUGAGUGUGUUUGUGUGUCUGGCUGGUGUGUAAGAGAGUGUGCGUGUGUGUCUUGUUUGGGUGUGGUGUGUCUGUAAUCAAGCCAGCAUUAGGCUGUAUACCAGACUACCAACUGCUGCAGGACUUCUCACAUUUAAGCUUUCUAAUUGAUUCAGAGUGUGAUUUAUGAAGCUCUGCACCCGCGUGUGCCUGCCUGCCUGCCUGCUGCCUUUUAGCUGUGCAACACAAGGACACACACACACAUACCCAUUUGUGCACACUUCCACAGAAGCUCUGAGUCACUCAUCUCUGCAGCAUAAGGCACUAUUGUAUUUAGCGUCUUCACUGGACACUUUCUGACACAUUCAUUCACAUUUCCCAGAAGCAUAUGCAUGUGUCAGUGUGUGUGUGUGUGUGUGUGUGUGUGUGUGUGUGUUUGUGUGUGUGGGUGGUCGUCUCGUAUUCCAUGUAACAGGCCCGGCUGCUAAAAAUGAAGACGUGACAAGGAAAGUGUGAGUGUGAUAGCGAGAGAGGUGGGUGUGUGAGCGCGUUUUAAAGGGGCAGCUGCGGGUCAAUAAGCCGACCAACAACUUUGAACAUCAACGGAGGAAAAUCGUCAAACUUACAAGAAGUUGAUGUGAGUUGUGAGAGUUCAGGGAGAGGUAGAAACACACAGGAGGGCUCCACAGGUAACAAGCGGCUCACCUGUUGCUUUUUUAUGUUUGUGGUUUGUGGCGAACUCAUUCAGAGUUUUAACCAUUACAGGAGGAAAGGUUACUCCAGGUUGAGUAAUUGUCAGUCUUUGCCGUCGCCCGAGGCUGUGUCGAAGUUGUUGUUAUGGAUGAUGUAGGCAGAAGAGCUGCUUGUUCGAGUGCUUUUCAUUAAUAUUAAUGUAGCAUUUACUUUAAUACCCGAACAGUUUAAGAGUCCAUGAUGAUAAGUUUUAAUGUGCAUCGCUGGAGAGAAGCGCUGGAAGAAGAUAUUAAAAGAUCUGUUUUCGUACAGAUUGUGUGAACGCUCAAAGUGUUUUCUCGCCACAUAAACUAAACCUAAACUUCAUUUCAGAGGUUGAAAAGUUGAAAUUGAAAGUAAGCGCUGCAGUAAUGGAGGAUAUCAAGUUCCCAUUGCUUGUUUUAGCUCGUUUUUGCUCCCAUACAACAUGUACAGUAGGUCAUAGUUACAGCAGGAUGUCGUAAACCCAAAAUAGAGUGUUCACUUUCACUUUCUUUUGCACUGAGUUUGGCUGACCUGUAGCUUUUGCUUAAAACGGAUCAUGUUUUUGAUUCAUCUAAAAGGUGUUGCUAUAAAAACCAGAGGUAAUAUUUAACACGGCCUCGAUCACAGCUGUAAUCUAGAGCGCUUAUCUUGUGAUAAUAAAGAGGUUAUCUGGUUUUAUCUGGUGAAUUUGCUUCUUGUUGUCUAUGAAACCCAAACACAGAUGAGUCCUUCAGCACAAGUGUCAGGAAUCGAACCCGGCCCACAAAGGGAUGAUUCAUACACGUGUGUGUGUGGGAGGAGGUGGACUGUGCCCCAUGGCCUCCUCUCACCACUCUUAACAACCAAAGGACCCAUCCUGGGAAAAAGGGGUGGAGGGGGGAGAUUAGUGUGACAGGGAUGAGGCGCUGGACGCUUUGAUUCACAGAUCUCCCAUCAUCCUCUGUUCUUCAUUGACUGGCGCCAUUGUAGCCGGAGUCGAAGCGCUCUGAUUGGUCCGUUGGGUCUGAAUGUCACUGGGACAUGUCGGUGGGCUCUGGAAUUUGUGUGUGUUUGUGUGCGAUGAGUUAAUAGCUAUCCAUUGAGUGGCUGAUUGUGUUCUGUUGUCCACACUGGUUCUCUUUGUCCCAACUCUUUACACACACACAUACACACACACACACACAUACACACACCCAUGAAUCUGAAGCAGGCAUUCCUCCAGUGGCAGCGCACUUGCCAAGCGAGGAAAGAAAGAGAGGGAAAGAAAAUACUAACUAGCUAACAGUACCAUUCAUAGUCAUGGCACUGUGGUUCUUCCUGGCUCCGGUUCGAGACUUGAAUGAGUCUGAGGCUAAGAAUAUUUUAUAGCUGCUUUUUAUGCUCCCAUUACUCUCCCCGCUCUUUUCAUUACAUCUCUCUUCUGUUGUUUUUCCCUCACAGCGAAGCUCGUGAAACCUGCGCUGCAUUAAGAUGUGUUUAAUCGCAUUUCUUUGGAAUUUAUAGACUCAGACUGGUUGGAUUUUCUUGAGGUGUAAAUGUGUGCGAGUAACCUCUGAGGUAAAAAAAUAAAAAGAAAAGACUUGAAAACAGAGCGGAAAAAUGAGACACAGAAUAGAGACGUUUAAGUACAGAUACCAGGUUGAGAAAUGCUUCUGAUUAGGUGUCACGACCCCGAUCAUUCGCUAGAAAAAGCUGCUCUGAUUAAUCAUGAGAUUUUAAAAGAAAUGAUUUAUAUUAGUAGAAUUUUUAUCUGCUAAAAACAACCAUAAAAGCCACUAUCAUUUAAAAGUGGGGUAGGCAGGAUCUGAGGAAGUGAAAGUUUUUGAGAGAAAUCUUGAAUGUAAACACUACCCCUUCCCAACCAGUUUUCCCCUCAGCUCCUCCUCUCCCCUCCCUCUCUGCUCCAGCAAGCCCCGCCCACAAACAGACGCUCCUGCUCGCUCGUAUCAUUUCAAUUAAAUUCAGAUAUAAUACAGACAGAUACUUCCGAUUAUUACAAAUGGGGCCCAGUCAACAUGAAAAUAAAAAAGCAUUGGUGCAACUGUAGAUGCCAACAGACUACCAGCAAACACAAUGUUUGCAGGACUUCUACAACUAGGAUAAAGUGACAUAGUCCAGGACCCGAGGUCAACAGUUUAGUGGCGCCACAACACGCAGCAGGUCCUGUUUGACAAGAAACACUUCUGUUACAGACACUUGUCUUACUUUGUUAAAGCCAUCCCGAAGCGUCCUUCAUCGUUUAGGCUGAUUUUGACUUGGCUUCUUAGCUCUUGUCUGGUCUACCUCCUUAUCAAUCACCCGUUAUUCUGCCAGAGACUCCGGUAUUUACGUUGUUUUAUUGCUUGUGUUUUCCGUACUUUCUGGUUGGUUUCUACUGUUCGAUAUUGUAGCACACUAACUUUGUUUGGGCUCGUACACGUUAUUCGAGGACGUGGAGUGUACCUCCCAACAUGAGGGAGCAGCGUCUGCCUCACAACCAAUCAGGUUGGGGGAGGCGGAGAAUAGCUUUGUUUACAGUCAGAAAGAGUGGCCUGCUCAAAAUAUUAAAAUGUUGACUACACAGACAUAACAAAACACGGAGAUAUCAUUAUAUUACCAAAUGUCAUCAAUAACUAAUAUCUACUGACUGAUAUUUAAAGCUUAUUUUGUAUAUACACCACAAAAAAAGAUGCUUUUUUAACCAAAUCCUGCCUACCCCACCUUUUAAUUAUGAAAAAUCUAAUGUAUCAAGUCACUGCAGGUGAUGAUACGCAGUAGACCAUACACAUGGAAAAGAAGAAGAAGUGCAACCUCAGCAAGCAAUUAGACUGAAAGUGGCCUGAGCGUUCUGCACACGCCGGGCUUGGAGCUUGAAGUAGUCGAGCUGUAAAAGGGAAAAAAGAAAACGCUGAAUCCAUCCACUCCUGAAAAAGAGACGAGAGUAAGUCAAGAGUCACCAUCUCACAUAGAACCGUGGAAUUAUCUCAGUCACUUUCAGUAUAUUUCAGGAUGUCAGUAAUCUAGUUUGAUAAGCUCCUAGAGAUGCUACCACCAGUUGAACUUUAAUGGUGGCAAGCAGCAUGUCUGAGGUGAGGACACACUGACAAACAGCUCUGAAUAGUCAAAAACCCUCUUUAUAAUUUGGAUAGAUGCAAAAAAAGAGAGAAACGGGUCUGAUAAAAACAACAGAAUCUCCAGAACUUGAUCCUUUUUCCAAGGUAGACGCUGACGAAUGAUUGCACCAGCUAAUGAAUACUAAAGGGAAUAAGACUUGCAAGACAGGUCAUGACCUGAACCCCAAACCUGUGACAUCUUAGUCGAGAUUACAUGGAGUGUCCUGGUUUACAACACCCUGAGCUGUAUACCAGACGGACGGGCUAAAUGACAGAGGCAGAGGGCCGCUUUUUACUGGUCAGUGCGGGUAGACCAUGCGUCUCGCUGCCUACCACAGAUGGAGUGAGACGGAGGGGUUGGAAAGAGGAAAAAAUUGGAGAAACUGCGAGGUAGAGCGAGAGGAGAGGUGAGGGAAAGGCGGCAGAAACAGACUGAGACUCGUCCAGCCAACUCGCAGAGAAAAGAGGGAAGUAGAAAGACAGACAAGUGGGCAAAUUAUACGAUACAACACCACAAAUUAGCUUUACCGCGGAAAUACCUCCAGAGCAGCAUGGGAAACACGCAGGGAGAGACUAUUUCAGACUUUUGCUCCUGUUUGUUAUGCCAGCCAGCAUCUCAGGGCAGAGGGAAGGAUUCGCAAAGCUCCGAGUACAUUACCAUGUGAGUAAAAAAGGGGAAGAAGGGGAGGAAAAUGAGGGCAGCGGUGUCUCUCAGGGGGGGAAAGUGACCUCAUUGCACCAUUGUGCCCUCUUCUCUUGUCCUCCCCCUUCUCUCUCUCUCUAUUUAAUCUAAAUCCAUUCAAGAGACUUUAUUGGCCAGAUAAGGUCGUUCUGACACUGCCAAGGCUUAAGUGCAUCUCUGCCUCGCUCCAGUUGGACGGAGCAGGAAGUAGGUUGGUGGCGAGAGAGGAAUGACAGCCUUUAUCUCGGUCAGUAAACACAAACCCAGGGAGUCCCUGCAUUGUUUACACUGUGACUUUAACUCUCAGAGGACACUGUCACACAAUCACUCACACAGGCCUGCAGCACAGAUACUUAACAAGGUCAAACUAUUGGACUUGCAUACAGAAAUGCAUGCAACAAACACACACGGGGUUGCACACAACAGUGGUGUGUGUGUGCGGUGUGUGUGUGUGCGGUGGAUGUUGGCAGCAAGUGUACGGUGCACUGGUCAGGGCCCAGCACACUCAAACUUCCUCCUGCCUGCCAGUCUGACCACUAGCGGUUAUGUGUGCGUGUGCGUGUGUGUGCGCCAUAAACCAGAGAUAAUUCCACCCGAAACCCUGUGUGGAUCCACUCUCUGUAUUUUACUCUCAUAGUCGCUCAUUUACUUCAUUUUAUGAUCCAGAGGAAUUAUUCAACAUGACAUGCCUGCUUCUCUGUGUGUGUUUCAAGCGCUCUUAAACGAGGGCAUCGCUAAAGGUUGUAGCAGCUUGGAAAUAAGACGUCUUCAAAAUGCAGCAUUCUAAAAAAACAAGUUGUGCAAUUCGGUCGCUGAAUUAUAGAGCAGUCAAUAUUUUUAAUAUAGAGUUGCCCUUUAUUCACCCUUUGCCAUUUCAUUUCAGACUGUCUCUUCUGUCCGUAUCCUCCAUUUUUUCCGCCGCAGUCUUCGCCGCCUCAUCUGCUCAUCCCAUCAUUAUCUGUCCCCUGCUCAACCAAGUGCACCUAAUCCAAAUUAUCUCCACACAAGCUUGUAGCAAUUUGGGCUUGACUGAUCAUGCCUUUUAUUCACUGUAUUUUGUCUUUUAACCCCAUUUUCAAUCUCUCUCUGCUUCACAAGAGGGAUAGCAGCGGCACGAUAGCAGGGGUUUGAUGAUACUGAAAUUGGUCGCCAACAAAUUUAAUAGUAGUUGUUAUCUUCCCUAUCUUUGCUGGAGUGAUGCAUUCAAAAAUAACAGGUAAACAAAAUAAAGCAGAGUAAGCGAGACAGCUUGCAUCCGUAUUGCGUCUGCUGAGUGGCACAUGUGCAACAGCGAACAAGAAACGACAGGUAAACAACAAAAAAGCACAGCAUCAUAGCCGCAGCUGAUGCAAGACUAAAGUGUCGUAAAACAUAAAAAGCCGGGGAGGAUUUCUCCCUCAAGGUUUCAAAGAAGAACAGCAGGUCUAAAGAUCUGUUAACCAGACCCUGCUUAUCAUGGGAGGGUGUCUGGCGUGCGCUUUGAAGAAAACACACGUUAGCCGUCUCUUUGUGACAUUCAACUUAAAAGUUACACCAUGCUGUGUGAGUUUUAAAUCUUUAGUCCUCCACCUUUUACCUCAUCACUCUUUUCCUUUUUGUCUCUUCCUUUCAUCUCCUAUUUUCCUUUUACCAAACACACAUUACUAAGAGUUUAAAAGAGUAAAAUCAAAUUUAAGCGUUAAUUGCAAGUAUCAAUCUCUGGUGCUAAAAACUGCAGUUCUCCAAGUGUCUGCUUUGAGCUGGCUGCAGAAGCACCAGAAACCACGUACACACUGAGCCAAAAAAGGGCAGCUCAAAGCCAAAAUAAACACAUGGAAAGUCUGGUAGCCCUGUAGCUAUUUGUGAGGAGGCUGAAGGAUGCUACAUCCAGUUAUUGCACAGUCUGUGGUUGAUUGCUGAAUAAGAACUAUUACGCUACUUUGCAGAUUGUUAUUCAAUUAGUUCAUCAAUGGUUUUAGUGAUAAUUGAUAAGCCGACUAUCCAAAUAAUCAUAAAUUGAACACUGUGAUUAUGAGAGGCAGAAAAAGUUGUUAAAUCGAUACACAGCGGCGUAAAAUUAAUUUAGGGUUAAACACACCAUAACACCAAGUAAGACACCCCCUUGAGAUGUGAAUGUUGCCAACUGUUUACUUCUCUAGUUUUACCAACUUUAGUAACGACCGCAGGAUAGCGAUACACAACGGUCUGAGGAGCCAUAAACAAACCUCAACCAAAACGCCACUCUAUAGCCACAAAUAAUGCUCAGAACAGCACCUAACUUCAUCAACAGGACAUAUAGGGUCCUAGCCAUAGUACUAGCCACCAAAUAUCUUUUUAACUUUGCCUGAUUUCUUUAGCAAAUAGACUAAACACAACUCACCUACUCUCUUCCAGCAGCCGCUUGUUUGUAGCGAGACCUCAGGCCAGUCCAUUACAAACUACAGCAGGGUGACCUGGCUUAAGGAAGAACAUUUAUGAUCAUUUCUUAAAGGAAAUUAAAUCAGACAGAAAUGCUAAGGCAGAAGAACUACCGCAUCUGCAAUACAAAAUGAUUUAUAUGGUGAUUAUUACUUCGAGGAAAUAAUAAAGAAAUGAUCGUAAAUGUUCUUCCUUGAGCUGCGUCACCCCACAAGCAGCUGCUGGAAGAGAGUAGGUGAGUUGUGUUUAGUCUCUUUGUUAAAGGAAUUAGGCGAAGUUAAAAAUAUGUUUGAUGGCUAGUGCUGUGACUAGGACCCUAUAUGUACUGUUGAUGAAGUUAGGUGCUGUUCUGAGCAUUAUUUGUGGCUAUAGAGUGGCGUUUUGGUUGAGGUUUGUUGAUUGCUCCUCAGACAGCUGUGUACUGCUAUCGUGCGGUCGUUACUAAAGUUGGUAUAACUAGAGAAGCAAGCGGUCGGCAACAUUCAUCUCUCGAGGGGGUGUCUAACUUGGUGUUACGGUGUGUUUGACCCUAAAUUAAUUUUAUACUGGAAUAUCCCUUUAAGUAAACAGGUCAGGUUACCCUUGAGACAAAUGUUGAACUGAAACGACUUUGGUGGAGUUGCCCCUCCAACAACAGACCCGCAAAAAGUCUCAGCAAACUCUUGAAGAUGCCAAUCGCAUGACUUUUCCCUCAUUUUGGUCACAGUAAAGAUGUUUUUUUUAAUGUGUGUGUGGCAUUUUUACAGCACACCAUCAUUUCCUAUGACUGUCAGGGCUACAUCCCUGCGGUUUCCAUGGUUACAGACAGUUCUGCAUCCCCGCUGGGAGACAGACAGCAGACAGAUACGAGUAACUUCAACUGGUAGUUAGAGCCGAGUCGUGCUGAGAGCUGAGACCCCAGAAAUCCUCGAACAAGAGCCUUUUUCUUCCCCUUAUCCUUGUCUUCUGCUGUCCUGGAGAGACAUCAGAGGCGUUUGCCUGUCAGCGCUGAUUCAAAGAGAAGCUACAAUUCGGAUUAAAUCUCCCCAAUCAUGCAGAACAUUUUUCAGACUUGAAUAUAAAAGUUAUCUGGGUUUGGCACGGUUUCUGGUGUGGUCCAGUCGCAUUGUUAGAAACCCGUCAUUGUUUGGAAAUGCUCUCUGUCACUCUAGCUGCUUCUCUGUACGUCUGCAGUCUCUAUUCUUGCUGUGGACUAUUGUGUAUUAAAAUAAAACCCAACGUCUCUCUGGGUAAAUGUGGACCAUGUUCCUGAUUUUUAAGAGCAGCAGAAGACAAAAACAGCAUGUGUAUUUCCAUUUUCCUCACAAAUAAAUCUAUUUUCUCUUCCAGGAAGCCUGUUUAUUCACUCCAGCCCAGCUGUUAGGAUGAGGAAUUGCUGCAUCUGUGUUUUUUUUAGCGAUACUUGGAGAGUUUGCGCAUAUCUCCCCUGAUAGCUUAAUGGAAAACAGCUCUCUUCUUUGUUUCUUAAGCUAUUUUGCAGUUUUAGUAGCAGUAUGAAUAUGUAAAAAGCCUACUGACAGGUCGGUUUUGCUGGUUUUUGCCUUUCACUUUCUGUUUUUUUUUGCUCUCCUUCAUGGUCUCCGUUUCCCUCUUUAUCUUUACAUCUGUCCUCUGAUCUGCUCUGACAACCUGACAACACUUUCAUCCCGCCUUCCUCUUCCUUCCUCUGACUUCUGGUCUGUCCAGGUACAGCACCCUCGGGGAGGAAACAUCAGAGACAUUACAGUUUGUGUCAGAUCCAAAGUGAAAAAGUGGAUUUAUGUGUAAAAUAUCGGUGCAUAUGCAGCUCUUGUUAAUGCUGGUAUGCCUUGCUGUUUCCCGGUAAGAGGCUUUGGUUUAUUAUCGUGUGUGUGUGUGAGUGCGUCAGUGCUCCGUGCCCGGGCUAAGAUGUGGUAGUUUGAUAUCAUUGGCGCUCUUUCAUCAGUGAGGUGAUUCUCCUGCUAUGUGUUUGAACUGCAGUGAAUCAAAGACAGCUUGUUGUACAGCUGGCUGCAGCUGCGGCCUCAUCACCUGCACAUUAAACCCACCUGCUCUUUCUUUUGACUCUUUGCUAUCUUCGUAGCUUUCUCUUUGUUCAGUUUUUUGAUUUCCCCCCUUUUUUUUUGCCAGAAGGUUUUGUCUCUGAUGCGGGCUUCAGAAACUAAAUUUUACUUUCAUCUGUUAUCAGUCUCAGCAACACUCUUGAGAAUUCACAUUUAAGACAAUCUGCUCAGUGUUAUAGUACCAUCUGUAUUUGUACAGAGUAAAUGAGGUUUUAGUGACGUUUCUGUGCUUUUAGAGUGUUUGUGUGCAAAGUUAAUGGAAGGAUAAUAGUUAAGGCAGGAAGCUUACUAAUAAGGAAAACUGCAACUUCUGAAGUCACCAUGGUUAUCUGCAAUAACUCAUUUAUUGAUAGUUUCUUAUCACGCGGUAACUUAAAGCUCCUGUGAGGAGUUUUCAGCUGGUUAUCAAUACUGAUGCCUCCUUAUGACCUACAGAAGCAAACAAGACCACAAGUUAGGAAAAUAAUUCCUGUAAACACUGGAAGACAAAAGCACCCUGUGAAAUAAGACUUUUUUAUUUUUAUUUUUAUUUUAAUUUUUUUUUACAUUUUCCAAAGUUAAAGCUACUAUAAGUAGUUUUUUGAUGUUUAUGAAACAGACUAAAAUUUUUAGUGAUGCCUUCUUAUGACCUACAGAAGCAAACAAGACCACAAGUUAGGGAAAUAAUUCCUGUAAACACUGGAAGACAAAAGCACCCUGUGAAAUAAGACUUUUUUUUUUUUUUACAUUUUCCAAAGUUAAAGCUACUAUAAGUAGUUUUUUGAUGUUUCUGAAACAGACUAAAAUUUAUAGUGAUGCCUUUUUGUGAUAUUCAAAAGCAAACGAGACCAUGAGUGAGGAAAAUAACUCCUGUAAACACCGGUGGUGAGAGCACCCUGCAAAGUAAAACUUUUUCUUUACAUUUUCCAAAGUUAAAGCUACUAUGAGUUUUUUUUUUUUUAAUUUAUAUGGGUGCCUUUUUGUGAUAUUCAAAAGCAAACAAGACCAUCAGGGUAAGAUAGAUAACUUUUAUAGGCUUGCUUUUAAUGCCAGAAACUGUUACAAAGGGGUAAGAAAAGCCCUGUUUCUAGAAUUUCCACAAAAUGAUUUAUUCUGUGGAAAAUGUAAAAUCAGGGCCUUUUCUUUCUUUAGCGGCUCCACUGACAGCUGACCCCUCACACUGGCUUCAAGCAUUAAAAAAGACAGAAAAAAAUAGUCAAUCUUGUCCUUGACGGUAUUAUUUGCCUUUGUAAAAUCAGUAUGAAUUUUAUUUUUUUUUAUAAACUUCAUAGGAGUUUUACGUCAUGAGAAGUGAUGUGAGCAUGUGCAGAACUGCCAGCAGAGUACAGUAGUUAUUACUGCACACAUACCAACUCUAGUUUGGUUGGAAGUAGUCAUGUAUUUAUUCUUGUUUAAUUCUUUGUUCUGGUAUGUGUUGUACGGUUUUGUGAAGAUAAAAACUGUAGAUAAAUAAAAAAAAAAUAAAAAAAAAAACACCUAAUGUGAACUCUGACCCUCUGCUGGACAAGUUUGUUUCACAGUCCUUCAACAUAGAAAAAACAGAAUCGACUAUUACGCUCAGUUGUGUGAGUCAAUCAGCUCUUGAUAUCUGAGUUAUCUUGAUUAGCCCUGAAAUACAGGAAUUUUAUCUGCUCUUGUUUUAUUUGUGCUUGACUUGGCUCUGUUCCCGGUUCUGUUUUGCUUGUGUUGUUUUUCUUAACUUUUCCCCAUUUCACAUAAAAACAGAAACUUUAUUUUUCAAAGUUCUGCAUAUUAAGGAUGAUUAAUACUUUCCUGUUGCUCAACCAACGUCAUAUCUCUUGCUACACUAUCAUGCAAAAAAAGGAGGAUUUUUUAAUCUAUUUCUUAAACCUGGAAGAGUGAAAACUGGAUUUGCGUUCCAGUGAGAGCAACAUGUUAAAAUUAGAGUAAUAACACGGUCUCAUAAUCUGGCUCUUCCUGUCUGGACUUUAUGAUUGAUCCUGAUUAAAGACUGACUUUUAAAGCAUCCAUCACAGUAGCAGUUAUAUGUUGACUACACUGAUGCGGCAUGUAUAUAAGUACUCUAUAAUUACUCUUAUGGUAAGGCUGUGAUUGAACAACGAUCCUCUGCUAUGUUUGUCUCUACAUUGUACAGAGUUUACAAUAGAAACCAGCACAGUCCAGGGACAGGCUGGGUGGGCAGGGCCAUCAUGGGAACCAGAGGGGCUUUUAGCGUUCGGGUCCUCAGGGACUUGGCUGGGACUGUGUUGUUGUUGUUGAUAAAUGCACUCCCACAGUUCUAGAGCCAAAACACACAGACUCAUACACACACAUGAAAAGUUUCUCCUGUGCUCAAAAUCACAUGGAGGAAAAUCCCAUACUAGAUUUGAUGAGUGAAUCUUGGCGUCGUAAUAAUAAUGAUUAAAAUUUUCAUAAAACUUAAACACUGCCUUUUUUUUUCUAUAAUGGUUCACAGCGUGUUCUGUUCACACACCCUCAGGAUCGCACAUAUCACACAUACUUAUAAACACGCCAAGACACAUGAAAGAGGAAGGUCACAGACGUGGAUUAGAGCCAAAAUCAGUCUGAAGUUUCUUCCACCGCCGUCAUCGCUCCGUCAUCUGCUCAGGGAAUAUUUAGCCGCUUUGUUUUUAGUCAGCGCCUUAGUUUCACUUCUUCCCUCUCUGUCAGCAUGAUUGGAAUCACUAAACAAUGUAGAUGAAGUUGUUCGGGCUUUACAUCACACAGUGGAGACCACUUAAACCCAAAGUUGUUGAAAGUAAGAGGUAAAAUAAUGAGGGUGACUCAUCAGAAACAAGGUGGGAAAAACAGAACAUGAGAGUCCUGUAAUGUGACGUGGGAGAUGAUUUAGUAAUCCUUUCUGGCAUUUUUCAAAAAUGUUCAUACGUUCUGGCUCUUGAGAUCUGAUGUUUUGUUAGGGGUUAACUCAACAAAACUUAACUUUAUUUAUAGAGCACUUUAAAUACAACCAGAGCUGACACAAAGUGCUGUACGUAAUAACAUAAAAACAUAAAACAACAAUAAAUUAUUGGUUUAAAAUACAAUAAAAGGCAAUAAAACAAAUGCCUCAUGCUGGGUCAAAAGCAGAGGAAUGAAAGUGGGUUUUUAGACGGGCUGGGCAAUAUGGCCCUUAAAUCAAUAUCACAAUAUAUUGAGCAGUUCACCUCAAUAACGAUAAAUGGAUGAUAACUACUCCACGAGCUGCUCACCCCCUCCCACAUUAACUUCGUCUACUUCAGCCGCUACAACUUUUGAACUGUCCUCCAUCUCCUCACCUGUCUUUCUCUCUUUGUUACGGACUUGAUGGGGUGGAGUCAUGUCUCUGAAGUAGGACAGCGUCUUAAAGGGACAUGAGACCAUAGCCUACCUACACAUAUCCAAACCAAGUUUUAUUUAUUUUUUUUUUUGACACCGAAUAUACCGUCGCAAAUUUCAAUAUUGGUAAAUUUUCGGUUUAUCGCCCAGCCCUACAUUUUGGUGUUUCCUUAGUCAAUAUCUUUAAUAAUUUCUACACAGCAUCUUGAUUUGCAAAAUGUAGAUUAAGUUCUGCCUCAAUUUAGUGUCCUUUGCAUCUAGAAGUCAUACAAAUAUCAGGUGGCACAUGUUUUCAUGCAUGACGUAGGUGUCGGGGUAUAAAGGGGCUAAAGGAGGUGAGUAUGUUAGAGUGUUGAGAUUCACCCUGCAGGCAAGAGCGGCUGCUAAAAGACACGGUGACAGUGAGGGAAGGUAUCUUUGCUAUCCAUCAUCCAGGCUGAAUCAGAGGAAUGCAGGCGACUCUACCCCCCGGCAUCAGGACUUAUAUAUAGGCUGAACACCUCAGAUCACCAACACUGACCUCUGUAUACCCCCUCAUCUGCGUGCAACAUACACCUACAGCUUAUGAAUCACAUACUUAAGCACUGUCAGGCUCUUUUUCGUGUUUCUAAGAGUCUUAAAUCUGUCUUUUUGCUAUGAAUAAGAGUUCAAAUUAGAGGGUUUUAUUUAAAGAGAGAGGACCAUGAGGGCGAGGAUGUUUACUCUUUUCUGCCCUCUAUUCUUUCUCCCUGUCUCUAGUUUGGGAUUUUGUCCACGUGGAUCUGCUACUGGCAUUGUUGUGUCUUAGCAAUUUUCUGAGCUGGCGUGUAAAAAUGAGCCGAUAUUAGAGGGAGAGAGAGUCUGCGGAGUUUCUCUCUUCAAAAUGACAAUGUCUCUCUAAGCAUGACGGACUUCCUCAAUCCCUCUUCUUUUAAGUAAGAAUAUCUUCUGUCCUAAAGCCUACAGUGCUAAUCCCAAACAGUGCAGUGUGUGUUACCAGAAAAAGACAGCUGAGUAGAUGGGAGGCUCUUAAAGACAUGGAUGAAUGACUGAUGCCUCUGAAAUGAGAGAGCAUUUCCCAAAAAGAAGAUACAAUCUCCGGACUUAACUUGACACAAAGGGCGGUAAGGCUUUUUGAGCAGAUCAUUAUAAUGAGGAGCUCCUCUCUUGACUUUAUAAUGAGGUUUUUGGAGAAGCUGCUCUUUUAGUUUUGCAGACUGAGGGGUGGAGAUGGGGGGUGAGGAUCGAAGCCAGUUUCCCAGAGGUUUACUGACUCUAGGACUUCAAAGGCGAAAACACAGUGGCACCGUCAGUGGUGCUGGAGAGGCCUAAUCCUGAGCGAUGAGUGCGUGUUUGUGUGUGUACAUCUCUAUCAGUGGGGAAUUAGACCUCCAUAGUCUUGAUUUUGUAGGGCCGCAGAAAGCCUCUGGAAAUUUGGCUUGAAGACGCAGGAAUCUUAACGCGAUAUUAAAUCUGAGUGAGAAGACAGGUUCAUAACUUAAGACAGCUGGUAAAGCUUUGACAAGACUGUGCAAGUCUGGAAGAUCACAUUUUGAUUGACAUCUGCUUGGGUCUGCUCAUAACAGAACAUUAAACCACGUAGCUGACUUAAACUGGAGGUGUGUCGUCGUUGGGAGUCAGAACCAGUAGAGAGAGUACGAGCUCGGCUUUACACGUUUGCUCUACAUUUCAUAUUCAGCACUCAACAUACACAUGCAUCUUUAGCUGGGAUGCCAAUAGAUGUUCUCAGAGCGUUAAAUCAAUACAAAAAUGUACGCUCUGUAGUGUUUGCCAUCGCCCAGCCUACGCACAAGCACCAUGCCAAAAAGAGAUCACCGGUGGCCUUAACUCAACUUUUGCGUCUACAAAUAGAGAUUUUUUCGCUGGCAGCCGUCCAAACUUGCUCCAGGAUAACGUUAAUGCUGAAAAUGAAAAGCCAAGCUGCCGUCUUAUUUUUACAGUAAUUGGUUUAAGAGAUUAUUUAUGCUGAGAGCUGGUUUUUGGAUUAAACAUGCAUGCUUGUUUAUAUCCAGGUUGUUGAGUAUUAUAGUAGUAAGUCUGUGCUACGGUUUUGUCAUAACGUGAUUGGCAAGCUUUUAACCUUCUAUUUAUUCUCGUGCCAACUCGGGAUGGACAAUAUGGGCAAAAAAAAAUAUCACAAAAAGAUUUGCCAUUCUGGCGAUAACGAUAGAAGUCCCGAUAAAAAAUAUUAUAAUUCCCAUCUAUAUUUUGACUCAUUUUGUCUUAAGAACACUAGUUGGAGUAGUCAAAUAAGAUACUUAACCACAAGUUUGAGUGGUAGGUUAGGGAGAAACACAUGAUAUUAAACAAGUCAGGCAUACUUGUAGGAAAUCCCUCAUGUAGAGUAACGAGCUGCUCAGCAACGUCUUCUUCAUUACCUUCGGCCAUAUUUGUUUGUUAUUCUUCUCUGUGUCGGCUAUGGCUGAGUCCAUCACUUGCACUUACGUCAUCAACUUGCAUUUAUCAUAUUUAUCAUGAGAUGGCAAAUAUUUAUCGUAGAAGAUUUUUCUGAUGAUACAUCUUGAAUGAUAACUAGCAUGGACAACUAGCAUGGUUGCUGACAAACAGUAAAUAUGUCAAACUGGUGACCGCUGAUGAUAGUAUGUGUAUAAACCAUUUGGCUAACAGUGAGUUUAUUUGAUUUCUUAGUCUAGAGGCUUUUAUGACCUUUGAAGUCAAAAUAAAAGAGUUUAACAUUAUGUUAGGAACUUGUCUUAUGUCUUUGAGCUUCAAAUAUCAGUAACCAGAAUGAGUAUUCACUCUGGUCAGGCACUUAAGUGAUGAUUCAUCCGUUUCCAACAGGUGCAGAUUCACCAGUUGGUGGGACAAGAUGACAACAGCCCAAUCAAUACUUGAUGCAUGAAUCACUGGUUCAAAAAAAGAGAAACUCUUAUUUAGUCUGACUUGAGUUUUUAUUUUUAUAAGAUACCUUCAGGAAGUAAGACCUCAGAUCCUUGACCCCGAAGCAGACACCGCUUUUCAAGCAUACAAAUCCCACUUCAGUUUCUUUGAUAUGUGAAUAUUUAUCAAAAUCUUCCCGCUCCUUUCAGUCAGAACCUGCGUGGGUGCUUAACGUGGGAGUUGGAGACCAUGCUGUGAGGGUGUAGGUGUUGAUGUGUGUCUUGGUUGUCACUGGCUGUAUCGUAAGUCUUCAUAGCGUGUGUAAGUUUGGAUACGUGUGUCUAACGGCAAACAGAUGUGGGACACGGACAUGGAAGGCUUGGCGGGGUCCCGACAGGAUGACUGUGUGUCUGGCGUCCAUGUCUGCCAGCAGCUCAGUAACGCCGACUGGAAAAUUUGGAAUCACACCGCUUACUGCCUGCUCAUGUUAUAUGGAAACACACACACUCACUUUACAUUUAUAGUAUUUACUGGAAGGCAAUGGAAGAAAGACACCCACAUGCCUACCUGACAUAUAGUAUUAACUGCCUUCUCAACUUUUAUGGGAACACACACACACACACACACUUGGAGAGAUACGAGCCAAUGACACAUCACAGCAGAGCACGGCAUGCCGUCAUAGCUGAUGCUUACGGGAUUUGAAGCGGAGGAAAAGUCAACUUGGAUUUCGUGGAGACUUGUGUGCCACAUCUCAGUGUGUGUUGCCUCACUCUAGAUAAGUCAGCUUUAGCACUGCUGGCCUCCCUCUGACCUGCCUGAUGGAGCCAAAUACAGCACAACGUCUCAUUCUUAAUAUUGUCUAGCAGAGGUGAUGAUGAUACCCAAUCGUCCAAAUUUACAGGUUCAUCCUAGUCUUCUUUAGAGCUCCUGUUAGGAGAUUUUAACACUAAAAACAUCUGAAAUUAUCAUAGAUGCCUUUUCAGGAGCUACAGCAUUCAGGUUUGUCUAUUUAUAUUUAUUUAUAAUGUCUGAAACCACUGCCUUAGGAGAGGUGUCAGACGGUAAUUAACAGCAUGCUGCAGGAAAAGCCUGUUUUUGUAUUUUCCAUUGCCAAAAAACCACAAUAAGUGGCUUUUAAAAAUAAACGCUUUUUUAAAGGGCCUUUAUUUUGAAAGGACAGCCAUAGAGAGACGGAGGGAAGAGGUAAUGACAUGCACCAAACUUUUCUAUUUGAUUGGAAGUCAAACUCAAAGCAUUAAGUGGUGAGAUUUGCUGUGCAGUAAAAAGUCAUAUUGAUAAAUGAAGGUGGAAUUCAGUAUUUGGAGUCUCUGUUUUCAUCUUAUCUCAAUGCUUGAUACAAUUCAAGACUGUAUAGACUUUGUUGCAUGAAAAUGGGAGGACACCUGUUGCAAGCGUGCCUCAAAGAACAUGUGCAAUCUUGCAUCAGUGAAACAUUGAUUCAUAUACAGCAGAGUGAUAUAUGCAAACUAAUCAAAGUUCAGAGGUCCACUUUAGAAGUUUUGAGGUGAUCAGCAGCAUCUCAGAAGCUCCCUGUAUGUUAUUAGGGUAGUGUUAUGGAGGUACGAUCGUUGGGAAAGAUGCACUUGAAAAAUUGCCCAAAUUGAGUGAAAACAACUUAGGAUGUCUGGGUCGGAUUUGCAGAUUCACAGCGCGAUCAAAACCAUAUAUAAGCCGGGCGAAGUGGGUCUGGCGUCGCCACUGCUAGCCGGUCAGAGCAGAGACGAUUGUGGGCGAGGCUUUACCUUUCUCGGCGUGUCUUCACCAGCUCAGAUUACAAUGCUAAAGAUGCGUGGCUAACUAAUGCUAAAAUUUAUUGACAGAGUCUACCCGUUCCGACCAACAUCGUUCAGUCAUUAGCCAGUAUAGGCACAGACUAACCAGAGUUAUUCAGCAGACAUCUCCCACUGUAGUAAACAAAGUAAUUACCUGUUCAACAGAAACUCGUCUGUCUCAGCGUCAUUUUUCAGUCCCAAAUCCUUCUGCAGCUUUUUCCACCGGUCGUACGUUUCUCUAAUGUAGACUCUCCGUUGGCAUCUGUAUCGCUCAUAUUUCUUCCUUACUUCAGCCUUUUCCUCGAAACUUUUACGUUUCCUUCCCUUCGAUGUGGAGGGUAACAGAAGUGGCCUCCUGGUUUCGGUGUUUGUCUUCCCCGGCUCCAUUACGCUUCAGUAGCUGUGCGGCUAGCUAAUCACAUGUACGUGAGGGGGGUAGUGGGGAGGAGGCUGGACCAUGGGCGGGAUGGUGGGGAGCAGGGGAGACAGGGGGUUUGGAUGGUCGAUUAUUAUGCCUUUUUGCAGUGGAUACACUUAAUGGAUUUUUUUCUUCUUUUUGACCUUUAUAAUUUGCGUAGAUUGGACCAUAGGACCAUAACGGCCUUAUAAACGGUGUUAUCAAUAAGUACCAAGCUUCCAAAUGGUAGACCAAAGCUUUAAGAGGAUCCUCUCGCUCAUCCCCACUCUCCGUGUUUUUAUCUGCUGCUCAUGCUGUUUGUUUGUGUCGUCAUGCCUCUGUAACGCCAUGUAAGAACCACACAUCUGGACGCCAGUAAAAUGCUGAUUUCAGAGUCGAAAGUAAAAUAUCGUAGUGACGGUAGAGCUUGGAAAGAACUCAAGUCUUUACUCAUGAGGAUAAUGACUUCCGAGCUCGCUCGAUUCUCCGAUCGAGUGCUUCAAGAUGUUAUUCAAAGCUGUCAAAGUUGGAGGGACGCCCGUGAGCCGAGAAUAUUUGGUUAUGUGAACUAUUCCCAAGGGUCAGAGAUAAAGUUCCGUGCUGAAAUGCCAGUUUUCUCGCCCUCAUAAGCUUCCUGUUAAAUCCUGAAUACAAUUAAAAUCCCUUUUCCCACUUGGAGAGCUCUGGCACUGAUACCUUUGACUGUAAGUCACUGGAGCUUUGUUAUCACAAGAACAUCACUUAUACCCCGUCCUCUGAGCAGAGCUGACAGCUUAAGUCUUAAAACUAAAGCUGAUCAGCCUUUGAAGUCUGAACUCACCAUGUUGGACCUUUAUGAGCCACUCUGUUUACUCAAUUCAUGUUUUUCAUGCCUCCUUUUUACCUUCGUAUGAUUUCACAGCAUUUAAAACACUGAUGCACUCCACAUCAGAUCUGCUGCGUAGAUAGACAGCUUUGCUUUCACACUCAGUCGACCUAGUAACAACGUCUAUAAUUGACAUCACUGCUGGCCAAUUAGCCUCAGUGCCAGUGUGUGUGCGUGUGUGUGUCUCACUUUCCCAGCUAUUGGUCAGUGUGUCAGUAUGAUAAAUCGUGACAGUGUUAGUGUGAUGGUCCAGGCUGGCAGCCAGUUGGAGCCUUAGUAACAGCGCAGCGUUUCCUCUCUCUCUCUUUGAACUUCAGCUAUGCUGCUAUAAUGAGGGAAUGUUCUUUUCUGAGCCCAACCCAAGGGAGGUCGUGUGUGUGUGUGUGUGUGUGCGUGUGUGUGAGCAUGUGUGUGUGUGUGUUUGCAGCAUGGUGAGUCAUACAUACUGCGGCCAUUGUCUUUGUACGGUUGACACGCUGGCCCGUAACCGGGGGUCUUGUUGUUUCCCUCCGCCUCCAGGUGACAGAAACAAACCAGGAAGUGUGUGUGUGUGUGUGUGUGUGUGUGUGUGUGUGUGUGUGUGUGUGUGUGUGUGUGUGAGUAGUCAUGUGCAUUUCUGUGCGUGUGUAUAUGUGGUCUCACAGAAGAUUACCGCAUUCGUUCUGCUUUGUAAACUUUGGCGUGCGAGGAUGUCCAGCCUGUCGGAGAGUUCUGUGAUUUUGUGUAAAUGUGUGUGUGUUUCUUUGUGUGUACGAUGACAGCACAGGCAGGUAUUCCCUCCCUCCCCAGGUCUCUGUUAAGUCCUGGUUUGACAUUAUUGGACUCUAAUAGACCGUACUGCAUCAGCUCGUGUAGUAAAUCUUUGCCAUUGUGCGGCCAGAUUUGAAACAGAUGUGCGCACACACACACUCACACACACACUGUACAUUUACCUUAAUACAGCCUUAGGCAGUUUGAAAGCUGGGAAAACACUUUCUCCUUUUUUGUGUUUACCUUGUAUAUUUGUUGAAGCAAACUCAGUUUUAUUAACCUGUUUGAACAAACACGCACUUUUCAUUAUGUUGAACUCUAUUAUACUCAAUUCUCUUGAUGCAGAAACUCUUUACUUUUUUUCUUUUCUGCAGCUCUUCAUUUUUCCUUUCUCUCUCUCUCCUCCACUUGUUGCUUCUUGAGUUAGACUACAAUGCAACAAGUGUUGACAAAAGCCGAGUUUCUCUCUUGUUAUGCAUUUUUCUUAAACAUCAACAAGCUUUUACCAGGUUUUCUGAAACCUGCAAAGACAUUUGAGGGCUGAUGUCUGAGCGACUGGAGGACGUGUCCUAAGUGUUUUAGAGUUUUUAUUAGUUAGCAGUUAAGCACUUAUACUCGCAGAACAGUUAUGUCACUGUCGAGUGAUGUCCAGCCAAUAAGAUAUUGUUGUGGGCGGAGGAUCAGGCGAGAAGGACUGUUGCAAGGAAACAGACCCAGAGGCAAAGACACACUAGAAGCUGAGCUUAAGCAGCACACUUUUGAAUAUGUGAUUUGAAAAUAGAAGGCUGAUAGAUAGAUACAGAUAGCUGAUAACUGGACACAACAGCUCCAAGGAGAAGUCCCAGAGGCUGUAAUUGUCCCCUCAUGACAGCGUUGAAUAUUCACAUCCUCCAUUGGAGAUUGUGGAGAAACAAUCGAAGUCAAAAGUGCGUCCGAUGGUCAGGUUACGCUUACAGUGCCUUUCACUCGAUAAAUUGUAUAUGUUGAGUUUGAAUGGAUCAUUAGCUUUUCUUCCCAAGCUCAAACAAAGACUUAAUUUUGGAUCGAUGAGAUUGAUCCAUCCGGGGAUUUUUCCGUAAAGUUGUGACACCGCCCCCUUUUGGAUGAAAGCAGUUAAUCUUAUCAAUUCAAUGAUAGCGUUUGCUAUCAUGAAAUGAAAUCAGUUUAAAGGGAUAUUCCGGCGUAAAAUUAAUGUAGGGUCAAACACACUGUAACACCGAGUUAGACACCCUGUUGAGAGAUGAAUGUUGCUGACCACUUGCUUCUCUAGUUAUACCAUUUCUUUGUGGAAAUGCAAUCAGACCGAGACACUAAGGCAGAAGAACUACAGCGUCUGCAGUGCAAAAUGAUUAAAAAGGAUGAUUAUUUCUGAAAGGAAAUGAUAAAGAAAUUAUCAUAAAUGUUCUUCCUUGAGCUGCGUCACCCCGCUGUAGUCCGUAAUAGACUGGCCUGAGGUAUCGCUACCAACGAGCGGCUGCUGGAAGAGAGUAGGUGAGUUGUUAAAAAGAUGUUUGGUGGCUAGUUCUAUGGCUAGGACCCUAUAUUACCUGUCGAUGAAGUUAGGUGCUGUUCUGAGCAUUAUUUGUGGCUAUAGAGUGGCGCUUUGGUUGAGGUUUGUUAAUGGCUCCUCAGACCGCUGUGUAUUGCUAUCCUGCGGAUGUCUCUAAAGUUGGUAUAACUAGAGAAGCAAGCGGUCAGCAACAUUCAUCUCUCGAGGGGAUGUCUAACUCUGUGUUAUGGUGUGUUUGACCCCACAUUAAUUUACGCUUGGAUAUCCCUUUAAUUUAAACUCCAACAUACGAAUUGGCUCCCAUGAAAAAGAAAAAAAGCAAUAUUAGAAAAUAAGUUCCGUCCUUUUGUGAGGCUCUGUUACUUUGUUGUGUCUCCAUAUAUGUAUUUAUGCUUUUUAUAUACCAGAAAUCUACAGUAACAAGCUUCGAAAAGAGUCUGCUUCUUAUUAGGACAGUCUAGCCCUAAACCCGGGGCUUACAGCACCACCGCAGCCACAUGCUCUGCUAAACCCACAUCCCAGCCGAAGCCUGCGUGCACUUGGCAUAAACCGAAGUUUUUGUGUGUGUGUGUGUGUGUGAGUAAAUGAAAAACCCUGCUGGUGUACAUUGAAGUCUCAAAACAGAUGAAAUGAAAUGUCAAGUAAAGCACCAGGAAAACAGGAGCACACAAAGAAGGAGAAGAGGAGGAGAAACAGAGAGAUACUGUCAGUAUUUCUCUCUGGGGAGCAUGAUUCACAGAGUGGAUAAAACUAAAGAGGUGUUGAUUAAGACAUGAGAGAUGAUAGAGGAGGAGGAGGAGAGGGAGAAAGUGCUUCGGGAGAGAACAAAAGGAGACAUUUAAGUGGAGAUCAGACAGAGGUAGAGAGAUCGCAGCAGAGGACACAUUUUUAGUCGGUGAUGUGGCCCAGAAGGUGUAAACAUGUCUCUUUCUCUGAGGAUCAUGUUGUAUGUGACGCACUCUGAGACAGUGACAAACGUGCACAUGUGAGAUGAAAAAGCAGCAGGACAUAUGACCGAGAGCAGAGACUCAUGGGGGUCAAAAACUCAACUCUAAGAAUAGACUCCAAACACUGGGGAGGAAAAUAACCCAGUAACAGAGGAUGUGGAGUUUGCAUGCGUACGAGUUAGGCCAAUUUGUCUGUUUUUUAAGUGUGUUUGUUCUAAUACGCUGAUUUGUUGGGCUCAUAAAUGACUAAUUUAGAUACUUUUGAAAGUCAAGCUUUGAUCCCGAGCUGUUAUGAAUCCUAUUAGAGGUUUAUUAUCAAUUAAACCUCUGUGUUGUGUGUUUGCUGUUGUUCCCUCUAAUUUUUCUGCAGUUGAGGUUGUGAACAGCCACAAGUUUAAUACAAAAAGGAGGGAGGCAGGUUGAGAGAGAGGUAAAGGGAGUCCAGUUUUAUAGUCUUGUUUGUAUGCUGGGUCGUAAAUACCCCCCUUAACAGGCUUAAAGUGACAGCUGGUCCCAAGACUGUCAUGGCUGGUUGUGCUGAGACAGUACAGUAAAAUGAGAUUUUUCAGAGAGUAGGAUAUAAAGUUUUAUUUUCGGGUUUGGACUAAACUUUGUACAAAAAUUGAGAUAAUAGAGACGUCUGCUUUGCCUUUUUAGCAAUGAGUUGAACCAGCGAUGCAUCAUGAAAAAUCCCUGAGAAGGAGAAUCAAAACAAGAGCCAGGAUGAGUCAGGGUCCUGUAGGUAAAAGGAGUCCAGUAAUAGUGAUGUCAAGAUGAUUUAUACCAAAUUUGCCAUUUAAACAUACAUCAUGGAGAAACUGAGUCAUGGUUUGGUCCGAUCCUGCGGUCAAUAACAACCAGGAGUUCAAAGAGUUUAAACAAAGUCUGAGUCGUACAGGAGUUUUUAACGUCAGCUCUGGAUUCAGCUCACAAAAGGUAAAAAAAACCCUCUAAAAUCAGAUAUUUUACUAUUUUUUUAAAUUUGGUUAAUCAAACAGGGAUGGUGGGGCAAUGUAGGAGAUACAUUUUUAACUAAUUCAUCCUGCAAAUGUUCAACUUUUUCAGGUUAAAGCACGUCAGAUUUAAGGGCUGCCCAGUUUUUUCCCAUUAGUUAAUCAGUUUUGAAUUAGGACAGCGCACAUCAAUAUGCGUUUCAGCAUUUACGUUUACAUGCACACUUAAGUUGAGCCAUGGUUACAACCUGAUUUGGGGAUUUUAUUGGACUAAGAAUUUACGUAUCAAAAUAAUCGGCUGCAUGCAUUAGCAAGAGGCUAACAGGCUUUGACAGCGCACCCACGCUACUCAGUGGAAACACUGAUUGAGCAAAAAAAAAUAAAAAAUAAAAUCAAUCCCCAAUCUCAUUAUCCAGGUAUGUUGUAAGAAACUCGAUCUCGUGUGAUUUCACUCGGACUAACAUGGACAUGUUCCAGUCAGGAGGCAACAGGCUGCACCACAAAGUCCUGAUUUAGAUGCGGUUUGGGGUUUAUGUAUUUGUGUGUGUGUUUGUGUUUCAAGUGCACUCCUGCGCAUGUCGGUGAGAUAAGGAGGGGUUAGUCAGCGGCGGUCAGGAACACGAUGACUCCCCUUACCUUCUCUAUGACGAUAGGCCAUGGCGACAGGGGUUUGCGGUUAGAAACUCUAAUCUGCUCCUCAUAUGACCCUCUGACGGACAGGGACAGCAGUCAACUCACACGUAUACACAUGCAGAGACUCACACUCAAACAGACUGCUCUCAGGCUAGUUAGUCUAGCUUUGCUUCAGUCUAAACAUGCUCUUAUAAGGAUUUCUGUUGAAAUCUUGAGAUCUGUUUGGCUUAUUCGUUCACACAUGGUUUACCCACGGUCAUCUGCCUGUUAGUGUGUCUGUGUGUGGGUGUUUCUGUGUACAAACACACCAUCAUUGCUGCUGUGCCACACCUGCCAACUAAACACAUAUCACCCCUCAUCAAGACUGAACUGGAGGCAGUGCUGAUGCUCACCUCUUCAUUUUGCUGCUGAUGUUACAUUACAGCACACUGUCCUGAUUAGGGAGUGUGUGAGCACAUUUUUGCAGACGUUACACUUUGACUGAUGUGUGUUAGUAUGAAUGCUUUCUGGUAUCCUGGGAAUGUCUGAGUCCCAGAUAUUUUUCCUGGAAAAACUCAGUCAGCUCUGACCAACAGCGGGUCUGGUUCUGGCUCCAUGUAAUGAACUACUGUCAGACUUCUUUUCCUUUUUGGGGUCUUUGUUUGCCUCAACACUCAACAAAGGGUUUAAUUCAGUCCAAACUGAGUGUAUUUAUCAUAUUAGCUAUUUUGCUGCUGUUCUGGUCUAGAUAGAUCCACACUAGAAAACAGCAGUUACAAAAACGGCUGAAAGAAAAAUGGUCAGACUUCAUCGUAUCAUAUCGUGUCAGAUCGUAUCUAGUGUAUCUUAUUAUAUAAUAACCUAUUAUAACGGCAUCUUAUUAAAUCACAUUGAAUCAUAUUGUGCCAUCAUAUUGUAUAGUCACAUCGUAUCAUAUCGUAUCAUAUUGUCACACAUCGUUUUGUGUCGUAUUAUAUCAUAUUGAAUCCUAUCAUAUUGCAUCAUAUUGUAUCCUAUUGUGUCAUAAAGUAUCGUAUUGUGUCAUAUUGUGUUAUCAUAUUGUAUCAUAUCAUAUCAUAUUGCAUCAUAUUUUAUCAUAUCGUAUCAUAUCAUCUCACAUCAUAGUGUAUCAUAUUAUAUUGCAUCAUAAUGUAUCAUAUUGUAUCAUAUCAUAUCCCUUCAUAUUGUAAGUUAGCGUAUUAUAUUGUAUCAUAUCGUAUCAUAUCGCAUCAUAUUGUAUCAUAUUGUAACAUAUUAUCUUACAUCACAUUUAUCAUAUUGUAUAAAGUCAUAUAGCAUCAUAUUGUAUCACAUUGUAUCAUAUCGCAAGUUAUCGUAUCAUAUUGUAUUAUAUCUCAUCAUAUCUCAUCAUAUUGUAUCAUAUCGUAUUAUAUCACACCUAACAUCAUGUCAUGUCAUUGUAUGUUGGAUCUUAUAUCGGAUCAUAUCGGAUCGUAUUAGAUCAGAUUGGAUUGCGUCUAGCGCAUCUUAUCAUAAACUAUCAUAACAUUAUGCAUUCAAAAGAUUGUACUGACAAUGGAUGAAUGAACAAAUGCGUCUCAUAUCUUAUUAAUUUCUAUUGUGUUGCAUCGUAUCGGAUUACAUUUCAUCAAAUCGUAUAUUUUAGGUUGUAUUGUAUUUCCAAAGGUUUAAAGUUAGCCUUUUUAUCCAGGGUGUAUCUUAUUUCAAAUAUGAGUUUAAGUAAGUUUCUUGUUUCAACAGCUCUAUCGUUCCAUUGUGCUCUGUCAGUUUAAUGCACCAAAGUUUGAUUUUAUUGAGCUCUGGGAGCAUUGCUGUCUAUGAGGAAAGUUGUAUUAAGACUUUUUUUUUGUUGCUCAAGAAGUUGCCGUCUAAAUCAAAAGAAUUACUUCAUGGGAUGUUGCUUGAGUCUGUGUCUAUUGGGGCAGAAGUCUAUGGGAUAAAAAGCGGAUUAAAUUAAAGUUUUUUUUAGAGGGGGAAAUAUCGAACUGAGGAAGCUGAUUGACUCAUCACUCUGUAAAUUCACUCUCUUGACUUUCAGUGAUGUUUCUAGUUUAUUACUUAUUCAUGGACUGAUUUGUGCCGCGGCUCAUUGAUUUAAAUCUGAACGCUUUUACUCCUUAAUGUGUGUGUUCAGCUCUCCGGUUUCAGGUUGGUGUACAGUAAGCCGAUUGCCGCUGGGUCUGGAUUGUAGGUGGUAGCAGGAAUAAACUGUUAACAGUUGGCUGAAUCCAGGUCAGCUGUCUUUGCGCAUUAUAUUAGACUUAUUUGUGUAUACUUUGUCUUCUGUGCCAGCGUUUGUGUAUGUGUGCGUGGGCAUGAGUGUGUCUGAUGUCUGAUCUGUGUGUCUCCGUGUGCUUUAGCAGGACGCAGCCAAAAGCAUGACAUCACCCGAAUGUGCUUUUGAAAUAGGUAGCAAUGCAGAGGCAGGGUCACAGUGGGCUUUAGGCAAAGUGGACAGAUGUGUGUCUGUGUAUUAGUGAGUGGGUGUGAACAUUUCUGCAUUUGUGUGUGUGUGUGUGUGUGUGUGUGUGUGUGUGUGUGUGUGUGUGUGUGUGUGUGUGUGUGUGUGUGUGUGCAGGUUUGGAUGUUUCGGAAUGAUGCCAGCUUUCAUCAUCAUCAUCUCAUGCGGCCAACAGUGUUGAGUAUUUGCAGCAUCUCUUUUUAUGCCCCCUGCAGUUGAACAGCAGUGUGUGUGUGUGUGUGUGUGUGUGUGUGUGUGUGUGUGUGUGUGUGUGUGUGUGUGUGUGUGUGUGUGUGUGUGUGUUUAGGGCUUUCUGUUAGCCUUAUAAGGCCAAGCAGUUUUAACCAGGAAACAUUUAAGGAUAAGAAAAGACAUGACUCACUGUUUUCCCCUCAUCUGCAGAGAAGCACAAAAACAUCCUCUCCACUGCCCUCAACAACUUCCCCAAGGGGUUAUAUUUACUGAUUGUGUGUGUGUGUGUGUGUGUGUCCGUAGUCCUCGGGGUUACUGGCUUGUUCCUAAUGAGGUGCCGAGCUAUUCACACAGCCCUCUUUCCCGGGAGAUGUGAAGAGUGCUGGGGGAACAGCUGGUGUAGCCCUGGUGUUGCAGCGCUGUUGAGGAGCACUUCUCAGCCUGUAAAGAAAGGAGCAUAAAACCAGCUAGAGAAGAGGGAGAGAGAAUUAAAUAAAGGAGGGAGGGAGAUUAUGAAAAGAGGGCUUUUUGUGAAGGGAUGAAAAGGAGGAAAGAAAAGCAGGAGAAAGACUUGAAUGAAAAAGGAAGGCGUGUUGUUGUAGCUCACACGACUUUUCACCUGUUUAACCUUCACGCUGUCUCUGACUGUUUACACCAAACAUGGUUUUGUUCAGACCUCUUUACUUAGCUCCUUUUAUUCCCGUUUCGAUAUUAAAAACAAGUUGUACACAUCUUUGGAUCCCUUCGUCCGACAAUCCCUUACCUCAAAAUAUCCAGUUUCCUGUGAUGUUUGAGACAGAAAAGAAAAAUCUCCUGACAUUUUGAAAACCGGCAUCAGCAGAUUUUCAGACUUGACUAAUGCCCCUGUUUGUUCUGCGUUCACUCAGCCCACGGACGUGCCCGCUCUUUCCUGCUGCAUUUACCUGUAAACUUCAUUCGUCCUGGUUGCCUGGUAGCCAGAGGUAAAACAGAACAGAUGAAUUAACUCCUGUCAAAACAUUAUAAUGAAUACCAACUAUAUAAAUGUAAACUUAAUGCUCCCUUUGUCCCCCGUUUCCUCUCUUUGUUUACAUUAAAAACGCCUCCUCAGUGGCUUUAAUCGAGUCUCCCUGUAGACUUGAACCUGCCUGCAUGCUGCUCCGUCUUGCAUUUCUGACCUAUAAAGACCAGAACUUUUAUUUCUGCAGGGUGUGCUCUGUAAAGCCUGCAGACGUGGUUUCAUCACCAACAGCUGUGUGUGUAUAUGAGUGUGUGUGUGUCUUUGCAUGUGAGUGUGUGUCUCCAGAGCGCUGUGAUUUGUGCUUGCAGCAGCCUGGGUCUCAUCCAGACAAUAAGUUUGGCAGACAUAAUGAGAGAACCCCCGAGUCCCUCGCACUCAUAUACACACACUCACACUCUCUCUCUCUCACACGCACACAUACACACACACACUUGCACAAAUGUUUAUUUAAGUGGCUUUUGGGGACGUUACAUAAACUGACAUUUAUUUUCUGGAGUCUUAAAACCUACCCAGCCUUGAACUGCAGCUUGUCCUACACCAACCCCCUAACCUUUACAGCUGCGCACAAAAAUCAGCUUUUUCACGAGUCAGACAUCAGCCGUUGUCCCAGAUUGACAAAGCUGUCCCCAAAUAACUGCUCUGUGGUCUGAGACGUGUCUGUAAAAGUAAGCUUAGUUAUAUGAUGUUAAUAUUCAGUUUUAAUGAACACAUCUCUUUGACAGUUCUCUCUCUUUUGUUGUGUUGAGCUGAUUUUUUAACAGAAAAGGUUCAUGUUUGUGAGGAUAAUCAUUUUUUUUAGAAAUCAGGACAUGACGAAUCAGCCAGUCGUGACAAAUCUGAUCCUCAGUCUCACUUUUUGUCACAGUUUUCUCAGGAUUUUUCACUUCUCAGUCUUGUUCCCAUGCUUAUAUAUUUGCAAAUUCGAGUGAAUCGAUUGUUGGUGAGCUUAAAGUAAAGGACUUUUGAAGAACUUUAAUACAGUUUUGCACAAUCACAGCAUUAAUAUGUGCACUAGCAUGAGCUGCUGUUGUUGCUGCUCCCUCUCCCUUACUCAUUCUCUCUCUCUCCUUCCCCCUAUCUUGUUCUCUCUCUCUCUCUCUCUCCCUCUCUCUUUGUGGCUGUCUAGCAUGAGUCUGGUCCUGCUCAAGCUUUCUGCCUGUUAAAACGACAUUUUUCCUCGCCACUGUGACUCAUCUUGGAUGAGAUGGGCCAAAACCCAUCUUAGGUUGGGUCUUGAUAAAUUAUCAAACAAUGAGCUUGGUCUAGACCAGCUCUUGUUCUUUGGAAAGCAUCUUGGUAUGACCACUGUUGUGAAUUGGCGCUAUAUAACUUAAAUUUGAUUUGAUUGGUUGACUAGCAUGUCUCAGGGAAUUGCACAUAUAAGCGGUUUAUCCACUAGCGUUGUUUUCUUUGCACUGGCACCACUCAAUACCUCGGUUUUAGAGCACCUCUCACCAGUGCCCAGGGUCACAGAAGUGGUCCAACUUAACAUGCAGCUCAGAUGUUGUGUCCUAUAGUGCCAUUAGCAGAGAUUCACAGACCACUGCUGUCAUACUACAGUGCUUUUUUCCAGCUGCAUGGUUUGUUCUGCAGUGAUAAAGUGUGUAGGCUGUGUCUGCUUGAACAGGUGUGUGAAAGUUAACCUACAGAGAGAAGUGAAGGCGAGUGUGCUAACCCCGACAAACUAUUUUGACACUGUUAACUUGUGAGUUUUUAUUUUAAUUUCUGUUGAAUCAACUUGAUAACUAUUACCUUUUGGAAUAUCCAUUGUCUAAGUUGUAACCUGGGACUUUUCCCAUCUCACGUCAGGGGAAUUCCUCUUCAUAGAUGUAAGAAAGUAGCUUCUUUAGCCCAGCUUUAAUCCUUUAAUGUGUCAGAUAUCCUCUGUUUCUUCUCCUGUCUGUGCUUUGGCUCGAGCACAGACGUCUGGUUUUGCAGAGCAGCUCCCUGCAUGUCUCUGUGUGGGACUUUGAAGGGGCUCAAAACUCCAGCUGUAUUCCUCAAGAUUGAUUUUUAUAUAUGAGACAUGCAAAAGAAGCUAUUUUUGUCCAGUAUUAGAUCAUAUAGACGGAUUAUGGACUUCCUCGUAUAAAGCUUUUACUCUUGAAGAGAUGUUUGCUUUUUGCUCAGAGUAGCUCAAGGCUGCAGAUUUUGAAGCAGUAAGACGAUUGUUUCUCUUCGUUCAUUUUACAUGACCCGACUGCCAGCGAGGCCGUCUAGUCUCUACCUUUUUCUCAGCUUGACUUUUGCCUGCAGCAGUAUCUGACGUAGGAAACGAUAAGUACGAGAGUGUGUCCAGAGCCUGACGACAUCAGAGCUGCCUGCCAGAAUCUGUCUGCACCUCUGUGUGUGUGUACCAGAGGAUGACAGCAGGGCUAAGAUUGAUGCACAGCUGAUGAACAAAUGUCGCUGGAAUAUAAAUUGGACUAACUUUCAUGGGAAUAUGACUCUUCAUUUGUGUGAGUGUGCGGAGCGUGUCAGAAGUGGGAGUAAAUAAUUCAUGUGCGGGUUACAGUCAGAGGCAGAGAAGUGGGUCAGAACUGCAGUUUAGUGAGUUGGACAGUUGUGGGGAUCGGGGGGAAACGAGAGGAGGAGGACAUGGAUGGAUGAAGUAGAUGAAAGUAUUAUAAGUGAGAUUUGUCAUUUUCAACCACAUAUCUAGAAAAGUUUGGGAAAUCUGCAAAUUUAAGUUCACUUUCUUUAAUCGUUGCAUGCCUUUAAAUGCAUUUUCUUGCAGACGUGGGUGUUUCUCAGAGGAAGUUAAUCCCAUUUUUUUGGAGUUUCUCUCACCCCCUGUUGUGGCUCAGAGGUCUGUACCUUCUGUUUAGUAUGUGCAUGGCAUAGCACAGCUCUCUGUUCUCUCUGUGUGAUCUGAGUAGCAACACUCAAGUUGUGCAUCAAGCUGUUAGUGUAUGCAUGUGUGUGUGUGCGCACUUAAAAGGCUAGCUCAGACCCGUCCUCUCUCCCUGGGGGUAUGUUUGGGGUUCUUAUUUAGACCCUCUCCUUCACAAAGACCCACUUCCCCCAGGAGGCCCCUCUGGCCCCUUGCUUUGCACCCACUGACACACACACCUACAACACACAUAUGCAUCAGUGUGGGCAAACAUGCACUAAGUACACACCUUCUCUCCAUGCACAAUUGCUGAAGCACACAUAAACAUGCUCAAGCAUACUUUCGGUGGCCGGAUUGGAGGUUGUGACAGGAGUGGCCUCGGGUGAUUGAGUGCUUCCUGGUGAAGGUCAGGUUGAAGGGAAGACUUUUUUGGAUGGAGGAGAAAGAAGGGGGGAUGGGAUGGACAGGAAAGGAGAUGAAUGAGGGGAAUGAGGGGAUAGGAAGGAGAGGGAGUGAAAAGGUUGUUGCACAUGACCUCAAGGAAACAAGUCAAGCCAGUCAGCAUCUACUGUUAUUCUUCUUGAGCUUUGGUGCUGACUGAGAGUGUGAUAAAAAACCUCCGCAAAGAAAUAAUAAAUGGACGACGGAAAGGGGACAUGGGAACAGGUCAGAUUUCAAAGCAAGAUGAUGCUCCAAAACUGUAAAUCCUGUUCAGCAUUAGUGGUGCCAUCCAUGAAAUGGGUUCUUGAGAAACCUGUUACCAUCAUGAAUGCUGGAUUUGCACUUUGAUCACAUGUCAGGUGGUCAGGAUGUGGUGUCCAUGAUUUCCGAAAAGAAGAUCAAAUUUUGAUCAGGGGAGUUUUCCAUUUUGAAUAAACCUAUGAGGUGAUUUCCACUGCAGAGUCAUGUCUAUUUUUAGUGCAAUCUCCCUGAGAACUUCAAGACCAUCCUGUUUUGGUUUGUCAGACUUGCCCCUUUUCAUCCUUUCAUAUACUGUAGAUGAUAAAACUUAUGAACAUUACUCUGAAGCCUUUGCUCACACACUCUCUCACAGUGGUGAAUCUCUUCCUGUCCUUACUUCUAAGGAACCCACCAACCUGUUACAAAUUAACAUAAUGACUCCUCCUCUAGGGGUUUUCUUAACUAUUGCACAACUUUUUUAGGGUUUCAUUGUCCCUGUCUGAACUCUGAAUUGUUUUAGCGUAAACCUCUUCCUGAUCUGAGUUUUCAGCUACUGCUUGUUGAAAUUAAACUGAAAGCUGAUAUUUCUGUACAUUCCCAUCAUAUAUGUUGAGAAGAACUGCAGCUAAGUCCCAGCAAGACCUAAAAAGGCACCAAAGAAUGUGUGUCCACCAUGUGCAGGCAUUCAUGAGUGGGUGUGUGUGUGUGUGCACGCGCGUGUGUGGAGGCUCUCCAGUGGAGUUUGAGAAGCUGUCGCGCUAUAAAGAGAAAUACACACAGAUGUAAAGUGUGUGUACAGCAAGGACAAAGAAGUGUGGGUCGGGAAGUGUGUGUGCAUGUGUAAGUGUGCAAUUACUAUCCUAUAAUAGCCUAUUUCUAGCCGUCUGUCCAGAUUUCAAGUGCAGCCUGCCAGGAAGUGUAAUUUCCUGCCCAGGAGACUGAUUCAGCAGCAUCCAGCUGUUGUGUUUGUGAGAGAAAGGGAGACAGUAAGAUGAGCUGGCCGCCUGUUUUUUCCAUAAGGCUCUUUAAUAGUUGUUUUUCCAGGUGCCAAACUCCCCGCCCUCCCCCUGCCAGCCACCUCCCCCCGCCCUCAAACCCACCAAUCAUUCCUCCAGCCCUCCCUAGUUGCUCUUUUUCAACACUUUUGGGCUGAAAACUCCAGCUCCAUAAUUCCCCCAAGAGCUCACAAUGUAUCAUGUGUCCACAUUCUUAGUCCAAGUUGUAUUAACCUUUUUUGUUGUUGUCUCUUCCUGUGGUGAGUCUGGAAAUCCUACAUCAUCUUGUUUUAGCACUCAAAGUUUUUUUUAAAUUCAGUCAUUUUCUUAUAUAGUAGCUUUUUGUUUUUAUUUGCAUGUUAAAAGUAAAAGAGUAAAUCAAUCACACUUUUGAAAUUCAAUUUCCCUGUGAUGUGGAUUCAGCCUGCAGUGAGCUUGUACUGUUGGCAUUAAGCUUGAGUUAUGAUUGCAUGUGUGGUUGUGGUUAUAGUUGUUCCGCCUCACCACAGUACUAUACUUAAUGUGUAUGAUCAUGGAGUACAUAUGGAUAUACAUAUGUAGGAGGGUAAAUCUGUAGGGAAUGUGUCGUCUCUAUAGUGUGAGAGAAAGAAAAAAUUAAUGUAAGAUGGGAAAGUGUGAGCUAAUGCAUGGGGAAAGAUAGAUAACUGCACAAAUUGUUUACACUCUACACAAGCAUCAAAGGCCCAUACGGAGUUGUGAUUUGUGGUGUUUUUGUGUUUGUUUUCUUCAAUUUGCUAGAUGCCUCUUUCCCUCAUGUUCUGUUGUUCAUUUCUAUGCUGUUUUUCCACUACUCAUCCUCUUUGGUCAACCAUUUCACCACAAAUCUUGAGUUUUGUGUUUGACAGGAGCAUUACAAAUACAGAUACGCUUGAAAAUUGACAUUUCUGAGUCAUUGUCAACAAUGACGGGGUGAAAUAACUUAAUAAUGUGCCAGAUGUCUUCCUAUAAGAGUGAUCUGGUUGUCCCUGGCAUCACUCUUGCUUUUAAAGAUAGUUAACCUGUGUUAUAAGGUUUUAACCAAUCAGAAUCAAGUAUUUUAACAGUAAUUAGAGAUUAGUAAGAAAUAUAAAAAGUAUGUCCAGAAGGAACACUGAUACCUCACUUUCACUGCCUUUUUUUGUGUUUGUUCAUGUUUACACUUGAGAAACUGAAUAGAUUCAACAGCUGAUGAGAAAAAUACAUCUAAACUGUCUGAGCGGUGUAAGUGUUAGCUGAAAAACCGGAUUUGAAACACACAAAAGCAACAGGUGUUUUCUCCUGAAACACCCACCUCUGUUUUUUCUUGGUUGUGAUUUCUCUGUGGGAAACUGUUUGAAGUUUCACCGUGACCAAUGAGUGAGCCACAUCUUUUUUUCUACUUUGCCUUCUCAGCCCUUAUAUCAGCUGUUAUCUGGAUGAUGGUUAGAGGGAGAAUGUGUUACUCAUACGUUUGCACUUACACUCAUGUCGAUCCACGUUUUGAUAAGUGUCUUAACGAUUUACUUUCUCUCCCUCUGUUUUCCCUUUCCUCCUAUCCUCCCUCCCCUUUUCUGCUGACUCGCAGGUGGUGUCCUCCUGUCAGAAACACACUCUUCCUCUGACACAUGGCUGACAGUGAGAUCUGGAAGCGCUGAGAAAGAGUUUGGGAGUGACACACACGCACCAGAAGAAAGAAAGAAAGGAGGCAGCCGGCCAUCUGUGGUCGGUCCCCUGCUACUCUGCAGCUGUGUUGGAGCAAGCAAACCAUUCUCGGCUCCAUCAGGACUCUGGAAACAGCAGACUGAGACAGCAGAGUUCUUGCUCAAGGUAUGAGCCUUAGCUGUAGCAAUGUUAAGACCUCGCUUGCUCUGGAUUAGGCCCCUGGGGCUGCUUCUUUGGACGGAUGGGUGACACCCCAGCUGGAUCCUCUACUGUCGCCAAGCUCCAUGGCUAUCAUUAGUGGCUAAUGAACUGCUGCUAGAGAGGAAGCACAGAAGGAGCCUGUGGAAAGAGGAGGAACCUUACAGCUGUUAUUAGGAGGCCCAGAGAUCUCUGCGAAGGAAUUUCUUUCCUCUUCACAAGUGGAACCCUUAAAGCACGACCAAGGAGAAGCAUGUAGGGAUAUCAACUUUGGAAGUCAGUGUUGGUUUACAUUUUUUUCAGCUGUUGACUGUCAUGUCUUUUUUAUUUUUGCUGUAGAAUUGAAGACCCUUGACAAAUGUCAACAUGUAGUUAAUUUAUAUCUUUUAGCUACAGAUGAUUCAGUAUUUUGACUUUUUUAACUCCCAAUAGGAUUUUUUCUCAAGCUCUUUUCUUUUUGGAUGACUUUUUUGCUAUUUUUGACCUUUCUAUGCCCUAAAAAAAUAUAGGUCACCAUGGCAGCAGCCUAUCGUGUUGUGGUAAGCAGUGUAAGCUGCUACAACAGUGUGGUAGUAGACCGGCGCACUCACUCCCAUGCAGUGCAUUACUGCUCAGGGCCAUGUGGGGCGCUGUCCCAAGGACUGGACUGCACUGUCGCACACCGCGGCACUUGCUCUGAGCUGCUAGUUGCACCUGACCCUCCCUACAUUGACCCAAACAGCUUACAAAUACACUCACAUAAUAUGAUCACUCAGCUAAUCCCCAAUCAUGGUAAGACUAGUGUUACCAUGGAAACGAGUUAUAAUGGUAGUUUAGAGAGGGCAGGCAGCAGCGGUAAUUUGUCUUUAGGAGAGGAUAGCCCAACAUGGCGUGGGAAAAAGAAUCCCUGUGCCGGAGGAUCGACAGGGAACUUGGCCUCCACUGGCAGUUUGAAGGACAUUACUGAAGAGGCCAUCAACCUUGCCAGUGGUAAGCUCAAGGAGUUUUCUUUUGAUAAGCUUCGCCUCUCUUCUUCCAGCCACGUCACCUUCCGGAAAGGUCGUAAAGUCCGUCCUGACUCAUUUAGUCGCCGCUCCACUGACCUGGAGAUCAUCUAUGGCCACUUCAGCUCCAACACUGCAACAAAUGGGAUGACUAAUGGCAUAACAAAUGGCACAGCAACUACGAAUGAUGAGAACCUGCCACCGUUUGUGCCGGGGAAAGGAACAUGUUUGGAGGAGACAAAGCUCAAAAGCAGCAUAAGCACUUUGUCAUCAAUCACCAAAAUGGGAGGUGGAUCAACAGGCAGCAUAUCGAGCAUUGGGUCUUUGGACCAAAGUCUAAACACUGUUGCCUCCCUGUACCGCAAUGCCCUUGGAGAGGAAAAUUUGAUUGCCCGUCUGCUGGAGAAGACACGAGGAGAGGCUGGUACUGGGGGAGCAGGUGGUGAGGACAUUCGUGCUUGCCUCGACAUCCUGUUAAAAUGUUCUGAAGACCUUAAGAAAUGCACCGACAUUAUUAAGCAGUGCAUCAAACGGAAAGCUGGUGGAGGCUCAGAAGAUGGAGGAGACAGUCCUGACAGUGUUUAUCGGGCUGUGAUGACCCGACUCAGCUCAUAUUUGAAGAGACUACCUCUGGAGCUGGAGGGUAUUGGAAGUUUGGGUGGCAGUGGACAGGGCGGUCAGAGCUCACCUGGAAGUGGGCACAGCGAUCUGGCUGAGCUGGUAAAUACUCUUCACUCCAUCCAGCAAGGACCGUACUCGCCAAUAUUUGGCAAUGAGCAACCUCCUCGAUACGAGGAUGUGGUCCAGUCCCCUCCAAGUCCAAAGACUGUUCCUCAUUCUACACCUUUUAUUCCAUCCUCUAUCUCAUCUUCCUCUUCAGCUUCUUUGAAAUCAGACUCCAUCCAAAGCAAACCAGUCCAAAGCUCCCCGUCCAGAGCCAGUCCACUCACCAAUGGACUACAACAUUCACACUCUUCUUCUAUCACACAAAAUACCCUUUCUCCUCCAUCCAUCACAUGCACUCCAUCCAGUAUCUCUCCAGCACACACUCCCUCCCCUCUUCGAACAUCCCCAACCCCACCAUACUCACAGACUCCUUCGCCAUCCCCCAUGGAGGCUCUGUACAUUGAGGAGGAGGAAGCAGACAUGGACAAACCAACAGAACAAAUCUUGCUACAGGCACACACUCCAACAAGAGGGUUGAACACAAAUGGGACAACUUUGGGUCAACAUCUCAACCUGUCCCAUCCACAAACACUCAAUAAUUCUUCAAAUACUUUGUCUUCUGGCUCUGCCUACAGUCCUGCUUGGUCUUCUUCACCAUCAUUAACAAUCUCAGCACCCAAAGCUGUCUCUCACAGGAACGACGACAUUGACAAGCUGCUGAUGGACUUGGAGAAUCUGUCCCAAAGCAUGAGCCAUCCCAGAAAAUCAGAGCCCCCACUUCCAGCUAAAACUAGAAAGAGAGAUGGAGGCCAGGGAAUGAUUUUAGGCGACCCUUUUGCUCAACCCAAAUUGUCCCAGUUCCAAGUCCAGAUGCCAGACAGUCAGUUAACUAUGAAUGGCCCUAGCUCCAGGAUUCCCCAGAUUCUCACCCCAGCUCAGGAGGAGAACAGUGAGGCUGUGGUUGGAGAAGAGGAGGACGGGGCACUGCUGAUGAGGAUUCUGGAGAGUAUUGAGAGUUUUGCCCAGGAGCUGGUGGAUUCUGGGGCGGGGGACACAGGGAGUGCUGAGAGGAAAAGCGGGAAGGAACGGGAGGUGAUGAGGCUCUUACAGGACACCCUGGCAACGACUGGCAGGGCUGACAUCCCUCUGGAGAGCAUAAACCCACCAGAAGCUCCUUCCAUGCACACAAUUGCAGUCCCAGCUAUACCCCCAAAACAGUCUCAGGCAGUUGCACCUGGAGCUUUACCUACCCUGACACUUAUAGCUGCAGAAUCUGAAGAAGUGGGUAAUACAACAUCUGUGACUGUGACUAAAACUACAUCUGAUGUUACCCCCAAAGUUUUGCCUCCACCCUUACCUGAGCCCACAACUGAGGCUACAGAUAGACUUCCAAAUGCCUCCACAGAUGGUCCUCAUCAAAAAUCCACCCUUGCAACUGCAAGCUUGCAUUCCUCCACUCAUCCGGCACCUACUGCUGCACCUGAAGCUCCAGCCCCUGUUGUCGUCCCGGCUGUGGUCACGGCAAGAGAUGAUGCAAUCGCUGUUGAUGAUUUGGCUGCAGGGAGAGAAGUUGGUGCAACCCUCCUCAUCCAACAGACCCCAGAAGUCAUCAGGGUAAGUGAAAGACUCACCUUAAAACUUGUGUCAGGUGUCUAAUUUGUUUUGCAAAAUUUGGCUAAAGUUAGCAGAGCUAGCACCACCAUCCUCCUCACAGGUUGAUACAGUCAUCAGUCAUCUCUACCUGUUUGCAUCCAGGUAGUAGAGCAUUCAUGCAGCCAUGAUUAACUGGAGCGCCAUUCCUAGCAGUGGCAGGUGGCUUAGACACAUCAUAUGACCUGGGUUUUGGGAAUAUAAUACUCAAGUAAUUUGUUGAUCUGGUGCCAGCUAGCAAAAGUGACAUUUUUAAUUGUAUUAUCACCGAAACAUACUUUUCAAGUUCUGUGGCAGCCAUCUUUGGGCUCCACAAGGCCUCUUUAAAAACCAGUGGGUGAUAUUUUUGGGGACUAUGUCUGUGUUUUAUUCAGUCUCUUGGUAUAACACUUAACAUUUUGUGAUUUUACAGUAAAUUCACGUAACUGUAGCCGAACUUCAAUACUCAUCUCAAAAGACGACUUAGCCGUCAAUAUAAAUUCAGACCGUGGAUCAUUAUGCAGUACUUAAUUAUGUAUUUCCCUGUUGCCAUGGAAGCAAAUACAUGGGCACUUUGAUAAUAACUGACUGACAGUUUAACAGAAGCUGAGAAGCAGUGAGUGACUGUCAGCGUUAGAUUGAAAACAGACAAAAACUCCUUCGCUGUCAUUACAUGUUAGAUAAAACACCCUGGUGAGGAUUUAAUUGCUGUGACACAACGGGGUUGAUGCGGCAGUAAUUGAUGGUCCGUGAUGAAUAGUAUUCAUUAACUGUGAUGAACACGCUGAUACAGUUUCCCCGUCUUGGGUUGAAUGAAAAGACUGGUGCUUUAAAUCCUGAAACAGACUGGCUCAUUGUGUGGUAGGAGUGGCUCUUUGUUGACUUUUCCUGGUUUUCUGACUUUUGUUUAGAACUAAUUGUGUGUAUACGAGUGAGUGUGUGUUUGUGUGUGUGUAGGUAUUUGUGUGUGUUGGCUCUUCUUUCCACCCCAGGGAAUAUUUAGAGGUAAUUUAGGGUUGAGCUACAGAGGGAAGGAGAGGUUAAGGAGAAUUGUGUUCCUUUGUGUGUGUGUGUGUGUGUGUGUGUUUGUUUGUGUGUCGGUGUUCAGACGCACACACAGGGGGGGUUACUUCUGCUUGUCUCUAAUGUGGGUGUUUAACAGCACUCUGUAGAUUUAGGUAAUUAUCUAUGACAGACAAAUAGACACCCACACAGAAAAUCAAAUCGGCACUGUUUUCCUCUCCAUCUCUCGUUCGCUCUCUCCUUUUUUUUGCUCUAUCAUCAUCCUUCCACUUCUUCUCCAUGCUCCUGCUGCUGUUUUUGUGAGUGUGUGUUUAUUUACUGAGCUGUGUAACCUUAUGCCCUGCUGAUAUGUAGGGCGCCUAUUUAUGAGGUUACCAUGGUAGCUGCCACAGAAGGGGGCAGAACAUCCAGAGCCUGAACACAUCAUUACCAACACAACUUAUUCCUCCUCCGUCCUCUCCUCUUUCCGCUGUUUUUAUGUUUUGCUCUUUCGCCUCCACAUUUUGUGUACUCUUAAGCCAUAAUUGCACAUUUCAUUCCUCCUCUCAACUUUUCCCUCUUGCUGCUGCGUCUUUAUGCUUUUUGUUUUUUCUCUCCAUGUCCUUCUUUCACCUGAAGUCAAAGUUCCAGUCCAUGUCGACUACCACUUCACUUCUCCCCCUGUCCCCUGAUUGGCUGCUGUGUUAUUUUGGGAGCGCUGAAUAACAGUUGUUGCCGUGUGGCGGGCAGAGCAACCCAAUAAGUGGUGCUGAUUGGAGCACAGCGGGAGCGGGGCGGACAGGGCGGGCAGGGCGAGGUGGGGUAGGAAGUGGGGGGCACAAGUUGGCACACAGCAAGUGUUAACGGUAUCGUUACGCGCCAAACCCCUCCACCCCUGGCAGACAUAGGUGUGAGGGAGACCUAAAUCUGUCCACUGCGCCGUACUAUGGCAUCCUGCUAACAGACUCACUGUCGCCACAGUGUAAAUGGACCUGUGCGCGUGUUUGUGGAUGUGUGUGUUUGGGUGUGUGACUGUGCCAUAUUUUUUGUGUCUAUCACAUGUAUCCAGUCCGUCAAACAUGUCCAAAAGUCAACAUAUGUGUGUGUAUCUAUAGAAGUGUUCAUGCAUAGUUGUAUCAUAGCGGAAUUUUUUAUGCUUCUGCACCUGCCAAAGCUUGUGCGUGUUUGUGUGUCUGUUAGUUGGCCCAAGGGUAAGUUGACCCAGAGCUACUGUGGGUCACAGCUGAGUUUGGGAAUAGCUCCCUGACACCCAAUCCCAUCGCUGGCACUCUGGAAAUUAUGCUAAUAUUCCCAACCGCCAAUCCCGCCUCCUGCCUCAGCUUCACAUUAAACUGCCAAUCAAACUACAAACUAGCCAAGCCCCCUCAUGCACAAGCGAGCGAAUGCCCUUGUACUCCCAAACAUGUCUAGUCUCACACUCCACCUGAGGAGAUUUGUAGCUGUGUUUUUCUUGGCACUGCCUCAGCUUUGAUGGGAAGCUGUGCUAAGCCCUCUGGGAUGACACCGGCCUCAGGCAGCAGCAUCCUCAUCUGGGCGUACGUGUGUGUGUGCAGUGUGCACGCACGUGUGUUAUUGUUGAUUCUGCUGCUGACAGACUAAUACAGGGCUUUCUGCACCUGUCAGAGCAGACCCAUUAAUCUCCAUGGAGACAAGAAGCCAGCUGAUAUAAAUCAGAAGCCAGUCCAUAACAGUCAAACUCAGAGUGAUGCUGCAAGGAGAGUCGACUAAAUCUGUUAGUGUUACUCGAGGUCAACGGCCUUCAGAGGCUGUUUGUUGGACUUUCUCUUCAUCUGUCUCUUUGGAAGUACAAGAGGAGGUAUUUUAGAGCACAUUUUUCUCCACCUAAAUCUGACCUGUAUGUUCUUGUUUCGGGGAGGUUGUUUCACUCCAUCAAACAUGAUUUACAGACACAUGUACCCUUCCUGGCGGGGCUGACAGUCUGAUGGCUUCAUUAACCUACGGCUCUGUUGAGUGUUAUUGCCAACUGCUCUGGAUGUGUUGCUAGGCUGAAAUAGUGCUGGUCAGUUAAGGCCAGUGUUAAUGUGCACUGGAGGAAAUUUGGUGUAAAGGAUAACGCGGACAUCCUCCACUGAAAAUAGAACACAUUGUGGGGUGGCAUCUGGUAACAUGUCUAUUGCCAAAUUGAACCAUGGCAUUCAGUGGAGAUAAAUGCAGGGGCAGUACAACAACAUUUUAAGGAGUGAAUGGAUCCUUGUAUUAGAAAGAGACUGAACAUUAUAAUCGUUUAGUCAAUGGAUUCAUUAACUAAUCAGCCAGAACUUCUAAUUUAGGCCAUUAUUGAAGGAGACAUACCUUAUUUCUGCCUUUUAUUAUCAUAUUUCUUAUCAUAAGAAAUAGCUGUGAUGAUUUACUGCUCAAAAAAACUCCUUAAAAAUCUGUCAUAAAACGCUUCAAUUUGGCUACUUUUCCUGUCACAUAAAAUUGGACACAGCUUGUGGGUGUCCCCAUUAUAGCUAUUGUAAUAUAACUGUAGAUCUUAUUUUACUUGCAGCUUAUUGUUCCAGCGAGCCUCAAUAACAGUUCCAGGUUUCGUUCACUCAGUGCAUUUACAUGCACAGCUUAAUCGGACUAAGCUCAUAAUUCCUUUUUUUCCCACCGAAUCUGACUUCUCUCCUUGUCCGCGUACAUGCAGCUGAGAAAAUCGAAUUAUUGACGUGAACCUUUUUAAAAGAUGUCUUCGUUCCUCAUCUUGCGACCGUCCAUAUACUUUAAAAUGUCCAUUUAUGUCUAAAGCAUGACGGCGCUCUCCUCAUCAUUUCAAAACUGAACAUCCUUUCAUGCUUCAGCUAUGUUGCAGUUGCUUCUGAGUCGAAAGUUCUUUAAAUGAUAGCGCUACUUCUUCUCUGGCGUUUUUGUUCCGGGGUUACGGAGGCGUGGCAUGACGCACAUGCAUUAUCUAAUCAUACUCUGACUACACUGUUUACAUGGUAGAGAAAAUCGAAUUCCAAUCGCAUUAUCUGGGUGUCUUGAUCAGAGUUCUCAGACUCCAAUUAUAGUUAGACUAAGGUGUUUACAUGCACUUUAGUUGUCUGGUCUUAAUCAGAGUAAGGCAAUCAUUCAGUUUUCUCGGGUGUUAUGUAAAAGUACUAAUGUUGUGAUGCAAAUCCAGCUUGUUUCAACCUUUUUGUCUACAGAGAGGUCAUCAGAGAAAUCGCUUCCCAGUUUUCAAGUGGGCGUGUCCUUGACCAAGCUACCAAGUGGACUUGUCCUUUGGGAUUGUCCUAACAGAACGGCACAACUUGACAUCAGGUCUUGCUGUAGAGGAGUCAGAAAACAUGUCUGAUGAUUACACCUGCGUGAAUAAACAUCAUGUUGGAUAAUGUCAGCAGAGCUAGCACCAGCAGCUUUGGUCCUCUUUGCAGGUUCAAGUCCACUUUCCAGGGUUCCUACACAAGUAUGGAAAAUAUGGAAAAGUGUGAAUAAAUCUGAGCAAUUUCCAGGUCUAAAAAAGUAUUGAAAAGGAAAAAUAAAGUAUGGAAAAAUAUUUAUGUUUCCAGACUAUUACCACAGUUCUAAUAUACUGUUUUCUAAAAUAGGAAAGUAGGUAUUUCCAAAAGUAAUUCCAAAAAUUUGGGUAUGGAAAAGUAUUGAAAUUCCAACUGAGUAGGAAGCCUGACUUUCCUGUGUUGGGCACACAUUGCUCUGGAUCUCUAUGCCAGGUUAUAAGAUGGCAUCUGUCAUCUGUGCUUGAGCUUAUUACGCGCAGCCUUCGCUUCAACUUGACCCAAACAAACCUCAUCUGUAAGUCAGUGCUUCUCUGGUUGACUUACCUCCCCCGUAUUUACUAUUCAGCUGAGGAAGGAACUGCAGACCCUUUAAAGUAGAAAUCUGCUCCCUUUUGGCAAGAGGAGCCUUAAAAACAGUAAAGGGAGAACAAGGAGACUGAAAAGCAGAAAGAAUGAACGUUUGUGUGGGACAGCAGGGGAGGAAAGUUUCUUUAUCGGAGGAGUUCACUUUAAAAAAAAAAAAAAAGCAGAACCUCUUAGGGAGUCAGAGAGAAAGAAGAACAAGUAGAGAUGAGGAACAAAGUGGAGAAAGAGAGUCAUGGUUCUGGGGAAGGGGGGAUGCAGGGGAUGAAGGGAAGAGGAGGGGGGGAGAUCCUGCAGCGUACUGUUGUUGACUCUGGGUCGCUGAAGAUGACAUCAUUCCUCGGCUGCUUCCACAGGAAAUAAGGUCACAGCAGGAACCUCAGCCAAGCAGGGAAAGACUGUUUCAACCUAGGUGCACAACACAAAGAUGAAUGCAUUCAUUUAUAUAUAUACACACGCGCACGCACACUCAGUGGCACAAUGCAGCCCCAGACAGAGGCUUAUGUUGCUAUGUGAGAGGACUUUUCCAAUACCAUCCAAGGUUAGCGUGGACAAUGGAAUAUUCACCACCCCACUCCUCGAUUCACACACACGCUCCACUUUCAAGCAAGUGACAGUAUGAUUCACCACUCCCAGUGCAGGCUGGGAUAUCAUCCAACUGCUGUUCUCAGAGCACUGCGCUGUGAUGGAGUGUGUAAACCUCACACAUAUGCUUUUACGCACACACACACUCGCACACAUCGAAGCCUGACUUUUAUCAUCUGAAAAAGUUUGUAGCUCAGUGGGAGGCAUUGCUGUGUAACUCUUUGGGCCUCCCUCUUAUCGCCAUGGAAACUACCACAACAUGUUUAUAGGCAGUAGGAAGCUGGUUGGACUCCCCUACCCCUGAAUAUCAGUUGUGCAAUCGCAAUGACUGAUGGGAUUCCCCUCACAUUAUCGCAGCAUCAGGGGAGAUAAAAUAGAGAGUGGAUGUGUUUUAGGAUUUUUGGAUCACUCUCGGGGUGUAGCCGUGUCUGUUUAUUUCCUUGUGAAACUGUUUGCCAAUUUUCCAGAACAUCAAGACUUGGUAUAAACAUGGGCGUCCUCAGCCCCCACCCACCCACCCACUCAUCUCCCUACAGUCUCCCUACUUGACCCCACCCUACCUCCUCCUAUAAAGUUACUUUUCACCCAGCUCCACCCAAACUUCAGGGGGGUUUCUGCAGAAAACUUUUCAUGUGUUUGACCUACAUUCUCACAAGACGUAAUUCAUUCUAGAUUCAACAGAAGUUUUAUACUCCUGUAAUCUCCGCCCAAUUAGACGCAGUAUUCCUUUAUUUGUAGAUCCAUUAAAACAGAGUAAUAGCUCUCUAAUCUUUUGGCGUGUCACAUAAGAAUAUGAAUCAGAGUAUUUCAAACUUUGAUCCUCUUUUUGGUGAAUUAUCAACUUAAAGUUUCUCAUCGCACUCUUCCGCUCAGGUUGAUUUAGGGAUUUUUGCUCUGGAGUAAGAUGGUGUAAAAGUCAAGAGGAUUUUGGGCAGCAGAAAACAGCAUCCAGGUUCACCUUUGGGGCUUGAACAUAUUACAGUUUAGACCCAGUAACAAGCAGAGAGCUGCUUCCCUCUAGCGUCCUUCAGCCUCUACUGUAUAUAGGUUACUGUGUCUGAUUGCUGGCCACUUCAACUUUUCAUAUAGAGAGGAUCUACAGCUCCAUCUGCAGGACAGUUCGUGAACUAACAGCAAUUAAAUUUGACUCAUUUGCUUUCAUGUGCUCUUUGAUUUCUUCAACUGUAAGUUUUUGUUUAGUUACCUAAAGAGGGAAAAACUCUUGUGAUAUAAUGCGGUUGCAAUCUUACGUAAUUGUGACUGAAAGAGUUUUUUGUUGAGUGUCUUGAGAUAACGUUUGCUGUGAAUUUGACCUAUCGACUGGUUGAUUGAUAUAUCAAAGGUGCAGUUAAGUGGGCACUUCCUAAUGCAUGAUCUACUCCCGGAGGCUUAUAUAUUUCCUCUGUCUAUUCUUAGUGGCUCUUCCCAGUGAAACAGAGAGGAAACAGGAGCUCCUGCGCUGCCAUUGGCCGAUGCCAAAGUCUCUCACAGCUCUCCGGCUGUGGCUCCAGUCUGAGGCCCAUCACAAUUGCUGAUGUAGCAUUAGCUCACUUACUCCAAAUCCCAAGAUAGCCAUGCUAGGGUAAUGCAAACCUUGCCAUGAAAGCCAUGUGUAUAAAUAAAAAAAGCCAAGCAGGCUAAUGAAGGCCUGGAGUUUGUUGUCAUUUCGAUAACUUGUUGACAGCCCCCCCCCCCUCCCUCCCGCUGAUGGAGGUGCUCUACUGGGGCUGUUUUUUAACUUUCUUUGUUUGUUUUUCUGGUGAUGUAGCCAAGCAACUCUCCAAGGCAGAAGAGAGAAACAUUAAAAUAAAGAUCUUAAAAGAGGGCGGUAUCACACUUCUGUCUAAUUUUACAUCAAACAUUAAGCAGAGUCAUUACAUAGCAAUGCUAAAUGUGGGCAAAGUGAAGUAAACGUGUGAAGGAGUGAUCUCAGGCUGAGUCUGCAGGCCGCUCUUAAUGGCUUUUCAAGAAGUCACACAAGGACUAAGCGAGAGCCGCAUAAGUUUGGAUAAAAUCACGAAACCACUGAUUGGUAAAUCUCCAUUUCUGUUUUUGUUGCUGGAGAUUUUUGUCCCUUUUCCAAACUUUCCAGACCAGAUUUGAGGUCCGACUCAUCUGGGGAAAAAGUCAACCUAAUAAUGACAACUUUGGAGCAUGGUAACAGUGGAGAAGGAUUCCAGAGUGAGGCACCAGCCUUUUAGCCCUGAAUCGUGUAAGGCUGCUAACAACGCUGUCAGCAGGAGUUAGAUGGAUUUUUCUCCUAGUCGUCCGGAGAUAAUAAAACCCACAACAAAUACUCUUUGUUGUCUGUUUGGGUUGCAUAUCUCUGACAAUAUUUGCUUAGUCACAGACUGAAUGGAUUUUAACGUCAGAUGCUGCAGAUUUCUACCGGCAGCUGUUGCUAGUAGCAACAUAAUGUUCACCUCAAAUCAACUGGUGUCUGCAGAGACUCGCUGUUAUAAAACAAGAGUCUCAUCAGAGGUAGUUAAAGGUUUUAUGAUUAUUCUGUGACGUUUUUACUCCAGCUCAGCCUCUGCUCCCACUCAGACAGCCACAGCAGCUGCUUCUUUUACUGCACCCAUGUUACCUCCUCUGAUUCGGAUGUGAGGUCGACCGUGGCCAACACCGAUUCACUUCAUCUGACACACACGCAGCACUUCAGCUCACUUCAUUCUCCACAGUGGAGGGAGGAGGUUCCCAAGGCGACUUUGUGUGUGUGUUUGUGCGUGAGUGUGCGUCCUUCUUGAGAGGAAGUGAGACUGGGAAUAAAGAAUCAAGCAGGGAUGUGAACUGCGUUUCCUGCUGUUGGCACGGUAACCCUGGGAGCAUUCCACCCGCCACUCAAUCCAGGGAAAGGGUUAUCGCCAUGGAGAUGGCAUUUGGCAGGCCUGGUCUAAAGUGAGCGUGUGAGUAUGUGAGUGUGUGUAAACUCACAGGGGUUGGGGCAGAGGGGUGGUCUAACAGGUUCAAGUUUAAACAUUAUUUAACUCAAACUGUUUCACAACAAGCAUGAAAAAAUAACAGGCCAUAAAAAUAUAACAGGACACCUUUCCCAUGCUGUCAUUUCUCAUUUAUGAACCUGUAAAUUCAUUAAUUUAUUUGAUGUUUUAUUUGUUAAAGGAAAAGAAAAAAGAAGAUUGAACUAUAAAAAUCAACAAAAAAAAAUUUAAUUUUUAAAAAAUAAAUUAAUCUCCACCAUAAACUGUGCAAAAGAAAUUAAUUAAUAAAACAGGUGAAAUAUAUGACACCGAAUAUUACAGUAAAAAAAAUUUAAAAUAAAAUGAGACAAAAUAGAUAAAAAAAACUUGAAUUUAAUUUUUUUCAAUACCUCAAAAAGCUCAUUAAAGUUUGGAUCAACCAUAGACUUUAUAUAGUAUGGACAACUUGGUUCCGCCUCCCGCCUGUAUACGGUUUUGACGCCAAAAAGCUCUCGGCAUUUCCUGAAACCAGCGCUGCGCAGUAGCGUUGUGCACAUUCGGCGGGAGAGUCGCAGAGUCGGUGUGAUGACGCUCGGCUCAAAAAGUGUAUCCCCCGGGAGAGCUACGCAAUCCCUGAACGCCCAUAGGCUGUAUCAGGUGUCAAUCAUGGAAAACGUGAACCCCCUAAUAACUUUUAAAAACAGAGCUUUACAGAAAAAAGAGGACUUGAGCACAAACCGGUCUGACAGUAACUUCAUGUCAACAUCACAAGAAGGGGGAAGAAAAAUGUGUGUGCUGUGUAAUAAAUUUCUAAAGUUUGUCCACAACCCCAUAAGCUUUGCUGGUGGAGGCGGGAUUUAUGACCUAUACUGCAGCCCGUCACCAGAGGGUGCUGUUCUCGGAGUGGCUUCACCCAGCAAGGAGGCAAACACUGUCCGUUCUAUAUACAGUCUAUGGGAUUAACCUGUUAAAGGUUUUAUUGAAUUCAUGAUCACAGCUCUUUUAAUUGAUAUGUAAAUCCACCUCACUGUGUAUCUGAUUCCUUCUGUGUUUAUUCCACAUGUUUAGCAUUCACACCAUUGUGUGUGAAGUCUGCCCGGCGCCUGCAGCAGAAAUAAACAUGAAAUGUGUUUCUAUAUUUACACAGAUAAUUUUACACACUGCAGCAAACCCCUCUUGACAAAACAGGUGUGUGUGUGUGUUCAGGAAGUUGUUAUGUUCACACUAUUUAACCUCCCUGAAAGCCUGGAAGAAGUAGUUCCUGUUCGCCCCAUCUAUCAAGGGACACCACCACCACCCCCCACUUUCUCCCACACACACACACACACACACACACACACACACACACACACACACACACACACACACACACACACACACACACACACACACACAAAUACCAUGCCAGGCACAUUUCACACAUAAAUCAACGCAUGUGUGCUAAUUAAUCCCUGCAGGAGAGCAUGUGUGCAGCCCGGUGUGGAUGCAACAGUUGUUAGAGGACCACUGAGUCUCACUGUGCUCUUCCCAUCAUGCAUCUGUUUGGUUAGUGCCGGGAGGGCUGCUGACUCACCCGUUACUGUAGCAGUGGGAUGGAUUAAGUCUGAGAAAGCAAUUAAAGACCUUACACUCCAACGCACACUGACGUCCACCUGUUGCCCAGCCCUUAUCCCCGCCCACCCUUAAAACUCAUCCUGUCAUGUAUGUUAGACAUUAAAAAUAACUGAGAAAUAUUUACUCCUCUUUUUUAAGCUCUCUUCUGCUUUUUUAUAUCAUAUAGAGAUAUCAGUCGUAACUUUGGUAUGUUUCAUCACCGGAUUAAAACUCCUUACUGGAGCUUUAAAGAAACAACUAUGCAUGCUCAGAGCAGGAGACUGAUCCAGGUGUAGAGUUUAGAUUUUCUUUUCGUUAAAGUGAAUAAGAACCACAUACAAAUAUAUGACUCAGUUUCUCGGUACUAAUAAAACUAAUGAUCUGUUAUGCAAAAAGAUCAUAUUACGCCUUAUGUCAUGCUACAGAUAGAUUGGAAUUAAUAUCAAUGCAUGGAUGCAAUGAAUGGUGCUUUAGCUUUUAUAUAUUACGUAAAUAGAUGGAUCAUGAAGGGGUCUAGUGCAGUGGGGGAGUCACUAAAGUGUUCAGCACAUCUCUGAUGACCUCAUGUAUCCCCCCUCCCCUCCAGAACAGAUCGUCCCACAGGCUUCCUCUGUGUCACCUGAGCAGCUACACUCUUUUGAAGUGUCCUAAAACCCUCACUAAUACUUGAAGGAGUCUUAUAUUAACAGAUAAGAAUUUUUAUCCAUUUUGCUGUUGUGCAAGCCAAGCAGAGGUGACUGAUAUUUGAAAAGACGGAGUGAAGUUUCACUCUGAAAAUUUGGAUGGCUGGUUUUAGGACCGAGCUGAGACUUUUGGAGAGGGCUGGGUUACAGCGACUGUCAGUCAGACAGGAAAAGAGCACACAGCUGCCUGAUGGCAUCUGUUCUGGCUCCCAUUACACACACACACUCUCUCUUUCUCUCACAAACACACACUCACAUGCAGUCAUGUAUCUCUUUAUACAGAGAUUUAUGAUAUCAUAAGUGCAUCUCUGCAGUUGAUGAGGUAGUGCAGAGGAGGUGAUGAGAAUAAACUUUCUAUGAUCAGACUAAGCAGCGAGAGAGGAAGGAUGAGCGAGUGAACAUGACACAAAAUGCUGCUGCAUGUCCUCAUUUGUUGACAUACACAAGAUAGAGGUUGUAUAAUGCCCCCCCCCCCCCACCCCACCUGCGCAGCACAAAGUGGUCAGAAAGUAGACAAUGUGUGUGUGAGUGUGUGUGUGUGUGGGAUUGGUAUGCGACCUUGGCUUUGGUACAGAGUCAUGUUGUUCCAGAGAAUUCAGCAGGGCGCACAGGGAGCUGAGAGGAGUUACCCUAAAACACGAGGUGACUCACUUCUUUUUCUGGAAAGUCAUUCACACAUAUGAACAUUUCUACAUUUCCACUGAAGAGACAUCUAUUUUGUUGCUCAUCUUUACGGUCAAUGAUGUAAAGAUGGUGAAAAAUAACAAUCAGUGUGACAUAAGAGGAAAAACAGAGAUAAAAAAAUGUCCGAAAUAUUUUUUAAAAAUAGUCAAUUUAAGGAGUUGUUUUGGAUUAAAAUGAUCAUUGCAGUUUGUUCUUUUUUAUUCUAUGUUGCUCUGAGACAACAACCUGAAAAGUUCCACCUGAUACAUCCCUGUGUGUUAGGUCUUAUGCUAUUCCUUUUGGCACUAGAGGGCGCUGCUUUCCACCUAUGCUUCUCUAAUACUCAACCACUGAGAAAUUCAUGUUACCAGCACAGUUAGAUUCAGAGGAACUGAAGUUUUGUUUUUUAUGUGAUAGUAAGUUUCUUUGGAGGAUAGUGUAGAGUACAAAUAGAUUUUGUAUUAAGUGUGUAAAGUUUGUGUUUUUUUAGUUGAACAGGGUAAAAAUUGCUUAUCCCUGCCUGUCUUGAUUGUCUGGAUUCAGUUUGUUGCUGCAAGGUUUUGAAGCCUAAUUUGACAUAGCUGGAAAAUAGCAGGAUGGAAGGAGGUUUUAUAUUAGUUUUUUUUUUCAAUUAUUUAUUUCCAUCUUUGCCAUUUUGCUGAUACAUUUAUAUCCAUUCAUCAGAUUUCAACCUAGGAGAUUUAGUGAUCAUUUAGGCCCCUGAAAUUGAACAAUUUCCAGAUCAUUUCCAGCUUGGAUAUCUACAGUGGUUUAUUUUGUGCUAUAAAAGGACUUUGUAUUCGUGUGCACAUUAUAAAAUACCUCCUCUUGUGCAUUUCCAGUUGAUAAACCCUGACCAAAACCCCCUCAGGUUGUCCUUUUAAUCAAUUAGAAUAAAAACAGAUGCCUUCUGAAUGCCCCUCAGGUGAAUGAAAUGUAAAAUACCUGCUCUCAGAAUGAUUAUGAGUGAAUAAAAUGCUUUAAAAAAGUGUUAAUUUGUGGAGAAGUUGUUAAAAAAUUACCAAUUUAAUGCCCUUUUAAUGGAUUGGAUGUAAAAAAAAAAAAGUGUCCUCCUAGUGGUUAAAACUUAAGUGUCCUUCCAGUGCCUGAAACUUAAGUGCCAUUUCAGUUACUAUUUGUGGAAACAAUGUCGUUCAGAACGCCGCUAAUUCUGCAGUUGACUUUGCAAAGUCGGCAGAAAUCGUUUAGCUCCGACGUCUUCUGCGGAUAUAAACGAUUUCUGCCGACUAACUGAAGUUCUCUGGAAAUUACUUUUUUGAAAAAUAACAUUAAAGUGCACAUUUUUGUAUUUUUUCUGGCAUGAAAUUUCAAGAGUAGCUUAAAUGUUUAUCCAAAAACUGUUUUUCUUGUGCAUUUUUUAAACCUCUCAUCAGGGGUGACUCUUUUGACAGAGUUUUAUAGGUUUUGAUCUCCGAUGAAGGGAAACGCAGCAUCUGUCCCCCUUAAAUCCAGUGGAAUUACUGUAUGUCAUCAGAUAUAACAACAGGUGCUUCCCCCUCUGAUUCAUGAAUCCAUCUGAAGUAUUACAGCUUAUGUGUCCUAUCCGCUCAUGCUAAGGCUCGAUGUCAGCUUCCUAUCUGCAGCAGAGUUAUCCAAUCAGAGCGGUUUUGUCCUGUAACCUAGCUCUGCCUAACUUUAGUCAAAGACAGGAGCUGGAGAGGGCUCAGACCUGCAAAACAUUACAUACAGAUAUGCAACAUGGCUGGACCCCCUUCUCACCACCCUCCCACCCCCCACCCUGAGGCUCAGGACAGCCGGUUUGCUGUGUGUGUAUGUGUGUGUGUAUGUGUGUGUGUUGCCAGAGCCUAGCAUGGCUCAUGUUUCUCAGUGCAGUUUGUCACAGCUCAGCUUGGAGCGGUAGGCACCAGUGAGUCUGAACUGAAAACAUACAUCCAGAGUCUUCAGGGGGACACCAGAAGGUUUCUACCCCAGAGAGGAGCUCCUGUUUGGGGGUGUGAACAGCCUUCAAGUAGCUUGGUACCACGGCUCUGUACUCCGGCCUGCAUGGUCACAUGGGGGUCUCCAGGAGCGUCUCUUUGCACUGAUACUCUGCUGGAUUACUUCUUUGGAGUUUGUGCGCACGAGGGCAACCUCGAGGAGAGAAAUUUUCGGUUUAGGUCAUCGCCGCGAGGCUUUUUGUGAAUCAAGAGCGCAUGAUUCCUUUGCCAAUCUCUUCCCACUGGAUAUCUGAGCUGUCAAGUGUGCGUCUUCCCCUCCGCUAGCAACAUUUCCUCUCACUGGCUUUCCAAUUAUCGGGCAAGCUGGUCCAUUUGUAGCUGCCGUGUCGGUAGCCGCACCAGUGGCCGUCUCCGGUGGGGGGUUGUGUGUCUCGGCCCCCACCAUGAUGAUCAAGGAGACGUCGUUACGCCGGGACCCCGAUCUGAGGGGGGAGCUGGCUUUUCUGGCCAGGGGGUGUGACUUUGUGCUCCCCUCACGCUUCAAGAAGAGACUCAAGUCCUUCCAGCAGCAGCAGGUCAGUCGGUGCAGAAAACAGGAUGGAGAGCGAGCGAGUUUAGAUCAAGUUCAGAUCAAGUUCAGAUCUGCACAGUCUGUGUGUUAGAUCCGCAAGAAAUGAGACCUCAACCCACUUAUUGUCUUCCUCACACUUCCUCCUUGCUUUUAAACAUGCUCUCUACAAGCAUAAGCACACACACAUGUUUAUAUUUCACAAACACACUCGUGCAUCGAGCUGCAUUCAUAUAGUCGCUCUCUUCCACACACACAGAGCAACAUGCCGCGGACGACAAACUAUUCUGAAGCAGAUACCAGCGGGUUAUUAAUAGAGCGGGAGGAGCAGGAAUAGAGUGAUAGAAUGAACUCUGCGAAGGGAAGAGGAGAGGGAGGAGGGGGAGGAAGAGGACCCCUACAGCUGUCCUGCUCAGUACACACAGUAUGGAGGCCCUCCACCAAACACACCAUGCACCAGGGAGCUCUGCUGCAGCACACUGGGUAGACUUGGCGAAGGAAGACGGGAUGAAAUUCAUAUCCUGGUUAUAGUAAACAGAGAUUUUCUUUGACCGUAUAUAACAGACAGCAUGCUUCAAUCUCCUCCCAGUGAGAUAUGAAACCAAGUUAUGGUCUUGACAUAUUGUGUUGAUGGAGUCGUAGCCGGUUUGAUUCUUCAGGUCAAUACCGUCCACAGCAGAAGUGAUUGUUGUUGUUGAAGCAAAACAUUCACAGUCAUAGAAGGUUCAAUGACUCUUGCGUUAUCGAUUGUUAUGUUUUCUCUCGCUGUUCCUCCUUUACUAAAGCUGCAGUCGUCAACAGAGCUACCAAUCAAUCAUACUGUCAAAAGAAAACAGCUGAUCGAAACUGAACUACUCAGAAAAACAAACACAAGAGCUGUAAUGACAGAAAGCAUAUACUUGGUGGGCUAUACUGGGUUCCACAAUGUGCGUUUUUUCUGCGCAUGUGUAGCUCUUUCUAGUGCCAUCGAUCCACAUGCUUUCACACCAGUAUGUCGUAGCCUUUACUCCAGACUCGCUCUGCUGGUCUCUUUCUGAAUCUCUUCAAACGAACCUGCACUCCAAAAGGUUUAUUCCUCCAAAACAUACAAUCGUUUUCUUUACAUGCAUGAGGGAGUGAAGGGCGAAAAUGUGGUGUUGUUAAAUGUGGUCCAUCUUCUUCAAGCGCCAUCUUCUGGGUAAAAUACCUCAAUACAAGCGGAUACUUAUAUACCUUUUUUGUAUGUUUUUAAUCUACUGAAUUUCAAAAUAUUUAGCAUGUGUUUUAAUGUUUAUGUUGCAUCUGUUAUGAUGGAGGAGGCUGACUUUUAGGGUUGUACUACCACCUGUCACCAGGGGGAGCUCUUGCUUCACUCUGGAUGGCUGUUUUUCUUGCCAUGGUUUUUACACAGUUUCUUGAUACUUCAGAAGACCUCAGUUCACCACAAGUCCCCUCAUUUUCCAGGGAAAUCAUUAGAUUUCCUCCUCUGAGUGUUCCUGUGAACUACCCAUGAGGUUCUUUUUAUAACCAUAAGCUUUGAACAAUUAUUCCGGUUGUGAAACUAAAUAAAUCGAUGCAACACUCUCCGCACUACAAAUGUCCUGAAAAGUCCUCUACCUAAAGAGAAAUACCAGCUAUAGGAGUGAAACCAGCCUGAGCUCAGAUGUAUGGAUAUAUUUAGUAGCUGAAGUUUCAGAAAUUAGUCAGAAAUAAAAUUCAGAGUGUUGAAGCCGUGUGGCAGCUGCAGCUUUUCCUACCAGACAGUUUAAAUCGAUCUGAGGGCAGAAUUCUUUGUAAAUUGUCUCACUGACUUAAUGACUGAUUGUAAAACAAGUUUGUCAUUGUGGUUUUUAUUGUGGUUCUCAUUGUUGCUUUGUUUAUGACUCACUGGAAGUUUCCAGCACGUCCUUUUAAAGUCGUUUAUCCUUAAAAAGUCAGGCUGUGUCUUGCCUGUUGUUCAGGGGGAAGAACUUGAUUCCUUUAGUCACUUCCCUUUGAAAUCACAUGAAGUUCAAAUAAAGGUGUUACACACUGGUCAGGUUAGUCACGCUGGAAUAAGUCUGCUGAGUUAAGGAUGUCUUGCACCUUUUCAAACCACAUAGAAAGAUCGAAUUCUCAAAUCAGUGAGUCUGGAUUGAGAGAGUUCAUAUCUACGCACCCUUUCUCUCCGUCCCCUCACAUGCUCUGUCUUCCUCCUUUCAGGUUCAGUCCAAACCAGAGAAGAAACCCGGCACACCUCCCCCUGCCCCUGCUCUGCCUGCAGCCACACCUGCCCCCCCUGCCCCACGCUCACCCAGCCCUCCCCCGGCUCCGGUGAUAGUCACCCCUCCUCCCCCGGCCAUCAACAUUCCCAGGUUCUACUACCCCUGUGGGCUCCCUUCCAUGGGCCCGGGUGCCAGCCACGAUGCAGCCAUCACUGCCAUUGAGGCGGCUUUCUCUGAGUUUGAAGAGGAGAAGGCUGACAUUUACGAGAUGGGCAAGAUCGCAAAGGUGAGAAUUUGAGCAUUUCGUUAUUUUUCUGUCUGCUUUUUUGUCAUAAAUGUGUCUUUUUGCUAAAUUAAAACCAAAGUCACACAGUUGGGGUUGACUGAUUCUCAGAAACAAACCUUGGUGCUGCACAUGGUUGUUUUUCAGGGUAAUGUAAUGACAGUGUUUCUUGCCUUUCCUUUCAGGCAUGCGGGUGUCCACUUUACUGGAAGGCCCCCAUGUUCUACUCAGCAGGCGGCGAGAGAACGGGCUUCGUCUCUGUACACUCCUUCGUCGCAACCUGGAGGAAGUACGGCCGACUCUGCCUUUCAAACAUUCUCAGAAACAUGGUUCAAUCAGACUGAUUAAUUUCUUAUUGUUUCUCACUCCUGAAAACUCUCCUUCCUUCUCCUGCAGGUUGUUGCACAGUUGCCACGACGAUGCAUCAAGGUUUGUUUCCCUGCUGUCCAAACCCAGCUGUAAUUACCUUGAGCAGGAGGACUUUAUUCCUCUUCUGCAGGUACAUUCAUCAACCUCAAACAUGCCGUGAUGUAUCUGCGUUCCUGAGUGAAAACGUACCUAAAUAACUUUGUUUUGUUUUGUUUUUUUGUCUCUGCUGUUUGUCUUUGUCUCAUUAGGACAUCGUGGACACACACCCUGGCCUUACGUUUCUGAAGGAUGCACCAGAGUUUCAUUCCCGAUACAUAACAACGGUAAACAACUCGACUAAAACAUCACUUUUAAAGCGUUCCAGUAUGGUUGCUCUCUUUUGCUUUGGUUCAUACAGGUCAUGUUUAUGUGAAACUGCUGUUCCCUGUGAGAGUAAAGCUUAUCACAACAUGCCAAAAUCUGAGGACGUCCCUUAGACUUGAGUCUAACUUAUCUGCCACCCGACCUAUUACACGAAGACUUUUAGUUUUUGUAUAAACUUAGAAAUAUCACAAUCACACUGGUUGAAUAAAAAUAAACUGCCUGAGUUAACUCCUCUUACUUCGUCAGCAGAAAAGCUGCAGGUCACAUCCAGUAACAUAAGCAGCAGACCGAGUGUGCAUGUGUGUGUGCAUGUAUGUGCUCACGGGCAUGUGUGUGUGUCAGUGAGGAUGUGGAUCAGGACAGCUGCGACACGUGCCUCAGAAAUCGAAGAUUUGCUGAGUGGAAGAUCAGAGAUGCUGAGAAGUGUUCGCUCUGACGUCACGGAAACACAGAUGCCCCCCGCUGCAGCGGCGGCAGAGGCCUCUCUGACCCCUCCACAUGCCCAUAUUAAGACACUUCCUUCACUUCAGAGCAGCUGACCUCGUACUGUACCAGACAUUAGAAGCACUGGGAGGUCCGUGUACCAGGAAAUGGGUGCUAAUCUGCUCUCAGUGUUGUGUUUCAGAGACUGGCAGCUUGGCCGCCCUGGUUUUCAUUGUAUGCGUAAGACUUGUGUGUCACUCAUUUUAUGAAUGAGGAGAGGAAUAUAAGUGAACACGCGUGGUCGGUUUGGAGUUUUAUCAGGUCAUGGGACUCAUUCUGUAACUUGUAGCUGUAUACUUGUUCAUUGGGAUUCAAAUGGAGUCGCCUCGUGAUUCAUAGUUUAAUAAAAUUUCUUUUUUACUGGCUUUCAGUGAAGCUCCUCAGUUUACCUUCUUUCAGAAGAAUGCAGCUCUUGUCUGCUUUAGGCUCCUCCCUUAAAGUCAGCUUUACUGUGAUUGGCUUGCUCUUUUUUGCCUGUGGAGGAGCACCAAUGAUAGUAAGUGUAGGAGUGGUUGAAGAGACUGAGUUUUUGAGCCUGUUGUGGGAUUCUUUCCUGGAGCAGGUGGCUGAUGUCAGCUCCACACAAGAGUGACAAUUACUCAAAAAAAGCACACAGUAACAUAAGAUAAGAUAAGAAGAACUUUAUUAAUCCCUGAAGGGAAAUUCAAUAAAAAAAGUGGAUGCAUUCAGAUACUUUCCAUCCCCAGAUCUUCCAUUCCUGUACUCGUGUUGUCAAGUCAAAAGUUCCGGUAACACUUGACAAUAACCAUAAUUUAUUAAUGUUUAAUCAUCAUUUAUAAAUAGCAUACAGACCACUAAUAAAUUGUAAAUUUUAAAAUUUUAAAAACCUAACCCUAACCCUAACUUUACAAUAACAUCUGCGUAACGUUUAUAGGUGUUUAUAAAUCACUUAUUAAUCAUUUAAAAAGUAUGACAAACAUCAGUUGCAACUUUACAAUAACCAUCUAAGAAAUGUUUAUAGAUGUUUUAAAAACCAAAUAUUAGCCAUUAACAAAGUGCUACUGACACACAUUUUAAUCUAGAUGUUUUACAACCAAUAUUUAAACCCUAAUAAACCUUUAAUAAAUAGUCCAUUUAUAAUCAAUGAAAAUUAUUAACCAUAAUUUCAUUGCUUGUUAAUGGUAAAGUAACUUUUAACUUACAUUAAUAAACUAUCUAUUUACCAUUUAUAAAUUAUGGUGUUUGUAAAGUGUUUCCAAAGUUCCCUUUAUUUUCAGUUUGUCAAAAAAAAGUGACAUUUGGAUGAUGUUUUUUUUCCCCAGGUGAUCCAGAGGAUAUUCUAUGUGGUGAACCGUUCGUGGACGGGUCGUAUCACCAUGAUGGAGCUGCGCAGGAGCAACUUUCUCCAGACUCUGGCCCUGCUGGAGGAGGAGGACGACAUCAACCAGAUCACAGACUACUUCUCCUACGAACACUUCUACGUCAUCUACUGCAAGUUCUGGGAGCUGGACACGGAUCACGACCUGUACAUCGACCCCAAAGACCUGGGGAGGUACAACGACCAUGGUGAGGAUAACUUAAAGAGCAAAGGGUUCGUUUUUCCCGCAACACAUCAUGCCAGACCCGCGGAGGUUGUUCUAGAAAAAUCUUAAAACAAACAUGAGAGAUUUCUGGGCUUCGGGAAAAACAAGCAAGAAUUUAAAAUCAAAACCAUAACGUUCAUGAGAAAGAUAUGAUACCACUGUCGAGGAGCAUUUGCGAUAUGUUUUGCCUCAUUGUUUUAAAAUUGAUUUGCUGCCAGAAGAGAAUCAGAAGCAGACGUCUUUCAAAUUCAGCAUUGACUCAUUUUCCUUUUAUUUGGCCUCCAGCUUGUGCAAAAACAACAACUGUUUGUCCUCAGAUCAACACUUGAAAACUGUCUAAUGUGAAAUGAAUUACAAGGCCACUUAACCAAAAUUGAAUUUCCUGACUCAGCUCUUACGCAAGCGAUCUUACUGUAAACACAACAGUUUACAACAAUAACCAUUUGUCUCCACGUCUUUCAACUCAAGUUGUUUAUUUUCUCACUCCCUCUCUCCUCCGACAGCGUCCUCAAACAGGAUCAUCGAGAGAUUGUUUUCGGGAGCCGUUACUCGGUAAGUGGAAACACACAGUAACAGUCACAGAGGAACCGAUUUCUGAGCCAUCACGGUGACACUGAAUGUGAAAGGCUGUCAUCGUUGUUUCCAGGGGGAACGCCGUGCAGAGAGAAGGCAGGAUGAGCUACGCCGAGUUCGUCUGGUUCCUCAUUUCUGAAGAGGACAAGAAAAAUCCCACCAGGUAACAUCCAGACACCCGGGACCGAGCAGCUGUUUGAGCAUUUUUCUCUCUUUGUGUGUCUAAUCAUCUAUGAUUACGUCUCUCCAGUAUAGAGUACUGGUUCCGCUGCAUGGACACAGAUGGCGACGGCGUCCUGUCCAUGUUUGAGUUGGAGUAUUUCUAUGAGGAGCAGUGUGAGAGGAUGGAGAGGAUGGGCAUCGAACCUCUGCCCUUCCAGGAUCUGCUCUGCCAGAUGCUCGAUCUGGUCAAACCCGAAAGCCAAGGUGAGAGAAAAUACAAGCUGAUAUUUUAUUUUCCCUCGAUUUUUCUUUUUUAAAAGGCCACCUCCUGCUGCUUUUCCUUUUCAUGUUCACUCAUUUUUUUUUUUGUUUUUUUUUCUAGGUAAAAUAACUCUCGGUGAUUUGAAGCGCUGCAGGAUGGCCCAUAUCUUCUUUGACACCUUCUUCAACCUGGAGAAAUACCUGGACCACGAACAGAGAGACCCAUUUGCUGUGCAAAAGGUGCGCAUUUGAAUCUUAAAGAUGUAAUAUUAAACUGAGUUCCAGGAGGAGAUAUCUGCGCAGAGGGGAAAGUGGGUCUCAACUAGGGUUAGGAUGAGAUCAGAUUUUCACGACAAGAUCAAAGUAUUUAUGGAAAAUUUGAAAUUAAUCACAAAAUUCAUGAUCUUUUUACUUAUCAUCUAUUUUUAUGGUGUUCAAAUCAAUGACUGAUCCACAUCAGCAGCCCUGAAACUGAAACUUAGUUUGAGAAAAUCUAGCCUCGUGGAAUUAUUACGUUUGGUUGCUUUAUUUCCUGCGACACAAAACUAUGCUUUUAUUUUGAAAUACUCUACGUCUGUCAGAUCUUAAGUAACUGAAUAAAAACAGUCAAGGAAACGGUUGGAAAGUAGGAAUGUUUGAUUGAUUUGUAACCUGAAGAGGCACAAGCUUUAGAGUUAUUUUUGGUUUAGGAUAAAUCUUUGUAUUUUAGUUUCUAAAUCAUCUCUCAGAGAGCUGCCUAAGCUAGCUCAUUAGCAGCUGCUACUUCUUCUCUGUCUCCUCCAAGUUUAAUAAUGUUUGGUAAAUCACAGUAGCACUGUAUGCUUUGUUUAAGCACGACAUCAAUAUCUAAUUUUUUAAAAGCGACAGUUAUCAUCAUUGGGUUUAUUGCGACAGCCCUAGUGUCAGUUAUCUCCUGCUAAUAUAUACUUUAUAAAAGUUUUAUUGUGAAAGGCUAAUUGUUCGAUUUAUUGAUCUAUUAUCUAAAACACUCAGCUAUCUUUGGUUUCAGUAUAACUUUUGUUUUAUCACUUUGACCAGCCAACAAUUUCGAUACACUCUCCAAGCUUUAGUUUUGCCCUUUUAUUUUGUUAAACCAUUUGAAAUUUUGUGUGUAUAUUUGUCAGUACGUGUAAAAUACUGAUGUUUGUGUGUUUGCGUCGCUGCAGGACAUUGAUAGUGAAGGUCCAGAGCCGUCUGACUGGGAUAAAUAUGCCUCAGAGGAGUACGAGAUACUGGUAGCAGAGGAGACUGCCAAUGAGCAGCUACAUGAGGGGUGAGACACACACGAUCACACACUUGCAUACUUGUGUAUUCACAUAUAUAAAGUUAAUAUGUUAUCUAAGUGUUUCAACCUAAAGAGUGACCACCUCUUGAACGUGUGUUGUCUUACAGGUCAUUCGAUGACGACUAUGAAUCCGAGGAGCUCCAAGUCCCCGGAGAGAUUGGGAAUAAAAUGGACAAACUGGUUAUUUCAGACCUGACAGCGUGA